CUGUUCUCUACGACGUCCCCCUCUUCUGCUCACCACCGCGCCGUGAAGUAGAUGUUUUGGUGAUAAAAAUACGGUGUCAAAAAAGGACGUUAACACGUUUGGAACAUGACAUUUCGACCGAGUGGGACCUAAAGUAGCGUCGUAAGGGAAAGAGGCCGUCUUUGGCGAAGGUUUCGGUUUAAUUUUGUGAGCUUUUCUUCCGCAUGUCCGCUUUCUUCGUAGAUGGUCUCCGGCGAGCGUUGUCUAGCAGCGGACGACGAGUUCUCGACGAGUAAUAUGAAGGAGAUGAUCGGUGGCUGCUGUGUUUGCUCUGACGAGAGAGGCUGGGCGGAAAACCCUCUGGUUUACUGCGAUGGACAUGGCUGCAACGUCGCCGUGCAUCAAGGUAAGCUUUGCUGUUAGCUCGGGCAGGAGUUAGCAUGUAGCCUCACGGUGAGGCCAGUUAGCGUUGUGUUGUUACAAGGUUAUAGUGCGCCUCGUAUGCAGCCUCCUCCUCCGGCUUCCCCUCUACCAAGGCCGGGCUGAGGUCAGGCUCAACUAAUGCUGCAGAGCACUCCACUACCCUGGUUUUAGCUGGUUUAAUCCGCUUUGGUUUAAAGUUUGAAGCUGUUUGUGAGCACAUUUGUUGGUGGAAGUUAUUUCGUGUUUCCCUGUCAGUCGCUGUCAUGUGAGGAAGCCCACUCAAGUCUCCUAUCAGGGAUCCCUCACGCCAGUAAGACCACUGACAGCUAGUAAGAGUUAAAAUUCAGUACUGGAAAAUGUGUAAACGGCACUUAUUACUUUGAGUUUAACAAAUUAAAAACAAUAAUUGCCUGUAUCCACGUGUUUAUUAAUGUACAGUGACAGUGAGGACCAUUCACCCUAAAUGACUCAGAUGAUGACGCUCACUGUUUACACUUGUAACAGCUGGCCAUGUGCAACAGCUAUUUGCAAAGUCAGCAUCUCUAAACCCACGCGGAUGAAUGCCCGUGUAUUUACACACAUAAUAUGGGUUUGUUUACAUUAGUUCAUUACUGUUUAAACUGUUACAUAGUCCUGACAGGAUCAGGCCAACUCUUAUAUACCUGGAACCAUAUUUGACCCACAUGCCUGGUUAAAGUUGUGGUGACAAUCAUGAUAUGACUUAAAACUUUUGUGACUGGAUAAACACUCAGAGUGUCACAUUUAGGAUUACAACACACUUUAACACAUUAGACAUAAAGAGUAACUACUUUUAGCCUUUUCAUAUAUCACAAUAAUAUGAUAGCUAAUCAUGUUUUCACUGGUAUAUCACUGCGGAAUUACCAUUAAACCUCUCUGAUCCAACACAUAUUUUUGUGGCUGGAUUGUAAACCUUGUGGAAGAUGUAGAAAUGCCUGAAAACCCUUGAUAGAUCGCCAAAAGUGUAAGCUUUUGAACACUUUUCAUCCCAUAGAGAUACACAGUAUAGUUCCCGAGAAACUGUAAACAAUAUUAAUAGUGUCACAAGGGAUCACUGGCGAUCCAUAAUAGUGUCACAUGGGAUCACUGGCGAUCCAGCGGAGUUAUAAGUGUUAUACUGUGACAUAGUCCUGACAGGAUCAGGCCUGUAAUUAUCUACUAACAGGCCAACUCUUAUAUACCUGGAAGUAUAUUUGAUCCACAUGUUUCUCCCUGCCUGGUUAAAGUCGUUGUGACAGUCAUGAUGUGACUUAAAGUUUUAUUACUAGAUAAACACUCAGAGUGUCACAUGAAGGGUUACAACACACUUUGACACAUCAGGCAUGAAGAGUAACUACUGAUCAGAAGAUACGGAAUGAUACUGUGCAAGAUAAAGUGGUUUCUUGAAGUUUUUAAAGUGGUAUGAAAUACAGCCAGUACACUCAGUGUUUAUCUCAUCCACUACAAAAACUUUUAUACUCUAUUGUAUCAUCUUUACGCUUGCAUAGAAAGUGUAACUGAGCAGCAAAAGCUGGAAUCUGAUGUGUAUGGGAGGCUUAUCAAACUUAACAGUAUUUUAAUCCAUGUAAGAAUGAGUAUACUGUCAUUCCAUACAAACGCAUAUCCAGAUAUGCUCCACAGUUGUGACAGCUUCUUUUCAAAUAGCCUAUAUAUUUUAUAAAUAGAGUGGAAAUAGGAACUUUUAACUGUGUCCAUUGAGUGCCCUAUUUUUCUUGUGUUUGGUGAGCAUUUCAGCCCAGACUCAAACUGUUAGAUAAUGCAACAUCCCCAUUUCUACAACCUUUUCAAAGUUGGUAAUACACGGUUAUUUCUCAAUUUUCAACUGUCACUGGUUUUCAAAGUCUUUUAUUGAUCAACGUGGGAUAACAUGCAAGUGACCUUUUUUUUGUUUAAUCCAUGGCUUUUUAAUCAAUUGGGGUUUUUCACAUUAUCCUAUUAGGUUUAUUCAGUACUGUAUUUAAUCUGUGCAUGGCUUUCACAUAGUAUGGUUAGAGGAUACAAUUCACAGAUAGUAACUUACAGAGGAUUAGUACCAGCGGACGAAUUACAGAUGAAAAAACAUGUCUCCUGUGUCUUUAAAAGUUGACUCAAAUCUAAGAGAAGGUCUUUAAACAAUGAUUGAAUAUUUUCCUAAUUUCAGUGACAUUGGCUAGCAUGUAAUAAGACUCAAAUAUGCGGUGCAUGCAGAAUAUCUGAAUCACAUAGGCGUUUUUCUUUUUUUCUGUAAAUCUUUGUUUUCUGUACUACUUUACUCAUUUGAACUUGGUAACCCUUGAAUGUUCGUAGCUGAGAUUGGGAUUAUAGCUGCGUAAUCCGUGGAUUAUAGACUCCUGUCUGAUAAGAGGUAAUCUGAAAAUGUGUAGAGGUAGGCUAUAUUUAGGGUCGCGAGGUCCCAGUGUCUUUACUUAAAGUUAAAAUCUAAAGCCCCAUUUAUGCCGAGACUCCACCACAGAGCUGGUAGGAAGCCAAUUCAGUGAAGAACGCUGUCAUGAUGUCAUCAUGCCGCUUUACUGUAUGUGUCCUAUUAACCAACAUCGCAAGCUCCAAACACAAACUCACCCUGUUGGUUCCACCUUUUACAUAGGGGACUUUCUCUGUUCUUUCUCAACUACUAACCUAGCUUCUGGUUUCAAAGUUACGCACCUUCAUCUCCCUGUUCACCAUAAAACAGUUUUUACAAAUCAGCGAGGCAGAGUGACAGUUUAGGUUGUUCACGCACACGUUAGUAGGGCUGUGCUAUAGCAUUUCAGCCACAACAAUAUUGGUAUAAUUUGUUAUGUGGUAUCAGCUAUCAAUAUUCACUAUUAAAGUUUGGACUUUAAUUUUGGACGCUGGCUCUUAGUUUGAAACAACCUCAUCAGAAAAUUGGAUCUUUUCGACAGCGAGACCAGAUCACCACUUCUUAACUAUUAAAUUAAAGGCAAUAUGACGAUGAUGUGAAAAUGAUCCAUGUGCGUAGUUAUCUGCAAAAACCGAAUAAAACCAUUGUUGUAUGCCAGUAAUUGUUGGUAUAACUUAGUAACUCAACAACACUGAAGAACACCACAUGCCUGCACAUAAAGCUUUUACAGAGAGAUGAGUAUAGACAAACAGACAGACUGACAGACAGACAACAAAGACAAAAGAAAAACAGCAAAUCUACACUUAACUGAAAAAGUGUUAAUGAACUCUGUAGAGACAGCAGCACAAACACUCUGACAUAGACCGUCAUUGUGUUUGUUGUUCACAAGGUUCCACUUUCUCAAAACUUUAGCUGUCUGUGUAAAUGAAGGUAAGAAACCAACAGUAUUGAACUGUUACUCUAUAUAAAACCAAGUCCUCCCCUGUCUCAUGGUCCUGAUUUGUGUUGAUCUGCAUUGAGCAAAAUAAAAUUAUAAUUAUGAUUUUCCUUGUUCGAUCAUCUAUGGCAGUCUGUUUUGAACUGCUUCAAAUUAACAACAAUUAUAUGUAAUUUAUAUCAUGUAUAUGUAGCCAUAUAUAUAAGAUACGGCAACCAGCUAUGACUGCUACGGCUGUGUUUUUGUGUGUUGACUUAAACAAUGCAUCAUCAGCAAUUCUGUCAUUGUCUCUGGGGAUUCUAGUAUGUAGGAUCACAAGUCAACUGUAUCAACUUCCUGUCACAUCAAAACAUCAUAUUUUCAUUCAAACCAGUUUAGACACAAGUUUGCCAUCUGGCACGUGAUGUUGUUUUUCUCAGAUUUUAUCGUGUUUGGUGUAGUUGCUGUAUCUCCGUUUAGAUACUCUGUGGUAAAGAACGCUGUCUUUUGUUGUGGUUGCCAUGUCUGACUCAAAUUUCCCCUUUCUGUUUCUCCUCAGCCUGCUAUGGCAUCGUACAGGUGCCCACUGGUCCUUGGUUCUGCAGAAAGUGUGAGUCUCAGGAGAGAGCAGCCCGCGUGGUGAGUCACAUAAUCCGUCUACCAUUCAUCAUAUUUGAGUGAAGUCCUGAAUAGGGACUGUUGGUGGACUCUGCUUUCAUUAAUAAACUUGACUGAGAAAUAGUGUCAGGUUAGGUCCUGUAUCUUGAAACGUGUCAGUGAAAAAACAAAACGCAUGUUAAGGACACUCUGUCUGUGCUGUGUCAUCCAUCUGGAUACCAUGUGACUCUACUGUUGGCUUUCUUGUUCACUUCAAUCAGUACAAUCUAAGCUAACAGUGCACCGUGUCGAAUAAAAAUGACGGGUCAGCGAAUGUUUCUCAUUUUGGAUCUUGAUAUUCGUCAUUCAUGGUUUCUAGAUAGUCACAUUUGCAGAACAGGAAUCAGAAAUGCUGGAGUGGUGUUUUUAUUUAAGACAGUCUGUGGUUCCCAAUGUUUGUUUGCAGCCUUCACAGCAGGAAGAUAACAUUGAUCCUAUGAUAGUAAAGCUUAAAUAGAUAAUCGAAGUCUGUCAAGAAUCAGCUCAUUUUGGUGUGCUUCUCAGUCAGUAUGUUUACAUGACACUCGAGAAAACCAAAUUAUUGCCUUACUCCGAUUAAGACCAGACAGCUGAAGUGCAUGUAAACAUUUUAGUCCGACUAUAAUCAGAGUUUGAGAACGCUGAUUAAGACACCCAGAUAAUGAGAUUGGAAUUUUGAUUUUCUCCACCAUGUAACCAGCGUAGUCGGAGUAUGAUUGGACAGUGCAUGUGUGCGUGUACCUCAUCUGCAGAAAAAGUAGCGUGAACCUCAUGUACAACAAAAACAACGCUGUACUGAUGCUUUAGUUGUUGACUUUUUGACCACUGCUGCGCACUUCAAUAUCAAGAGGGGCCCGGACCCCUGAUAUUGUGGACAGUAAUGGCUGAUGGAGAUGUUACAAUGCAACAACGUGAUCCCUGUCAAUUUUUUUUGUUUCUUUGUAACCUCAGAACAGUAAGUGCCAGUUAUACGUUCACUGAAAUGUAUGUUAUGAGCGCUGGCAGUGGACACAGGCCUUAACUCUCGAAACUGAUUUGUGAAACAGCACGGAGCGUUCAGGUUUAUGUUUUUAGUGCGAGUUAGACACAAAGUUUUUCAUAUAUACUGACAGUGAAUAUUGAAUCUUUAGGUAUCUAGGUGGUGAUUUGGCAGCAUCUUUAAAUGUGGUCAGGCAGGAGGACUUCUCUCAAAAACACAGACUUUCCAAGAAAGUAGUAUCAACAUACCCAGAUCUCUGUACUGAGUCAAAUACGGCAGAACUGAUUGGGUGUAAAAGCCUGAAUGUCUUGCAUGGUCUUUUUGUGAAACUUAGCGUAACAGCAGCCCACUAGUGUUGAUGUUGAGUUUCAACUUUAUGUGACCCCGGCAAACUUCUGACGACCUGUCGAGAUUUUGUCAGGGCAAGAUUUACUCGAGAAGUUGUUGAUACAGGUGUUAGAAAUGAUCUGUUCACUUGCAGUAGUCAUGUGUGCACAGAGGGCAAAGUAUCUCCUGCAGAAAUGUAGCAGGAUAACUACAUUUUCCUUUUUCCCAUUAAUCUGAUGAGGGACAGCAGGUUUGUUAUUUACAUGCUGGUACAAAAAAGUGUUGAGGGGUGAAAACAGCAGAUGGAAAAGGCUUUUUUGGUACAGCGGUCACAGUGAUAAGUAUCUUUUUUGAGUAAUCUGCAUAAAACCUGGUUGGUUCAGCAUUUCGGCAUGGACACAGUUGGGCUGAAGUAAACCAAAGAAGAACUUUGUUGGCUAACAUUACACCCAGUUAUCAUCAUAAAACAUUAAUGACAUUAUCUCUAGAUCAACCAAAUCAGAGACAGUGCAGUCAGUGCUCUCUGGCUGGGAGUCUAAAUGGACUCAGAAGAUAAAUAAAACAAGCUGUCUGCAGCAUAAUAAAUUGUUUUCAACCACAUUAUGCUGUACUGGUAUAACUGCCUCAAAGCCAACCAGUGUGCAGGAUUUUAAAAAAUGCAGCUACCGUAAUGGCCUGAAUAAAAGUGAACUAACAAACAAAAAACAGAAAGUGUAAAGGUCCUUUCACACCGGGACUUUUUUUUUUGUGUGAUUAUUUCAGUCAAAAAUUUUUUUGAACCUGUAUCCUGUCAAUACAAGCGUUCACAUCAGCGACGUUUUCCUGUCCUGCGAUAUUGCGGCAUUUAUUUUUUCGUAUCACUAUCGAUUUUUCCAAAGUUUCGCAUACUUUGUGUCCACUUAUGACCAAUCAGAUUUCGUGUUGUUGCGACGUCAGAUUCACUGGUAUAUCCAACAUGGCCGACGGCUGAUUGUUUACGUAUCAGAGAUCAGAGUGCUUUUUGAUAAAAAACACAAAUAUUACAAAGAUAACGACCUGAAGGACAAUUUGUGGAGAGUCAUAGCGUCGGGUUUCUCAUAUGACGAUGGUUUGUGUGCUUUAACAGUUUGCUAAACAUCUUUGUUUUAACUUUCAUCUGUGCUAACGUAAGCUAACGGGUGUUACCACAGUUUCAUGUGCUUAUCUGGUACUGGCCCCUGACUCAGACAUCUCAACACUAGUGUCUAAUCAGAACUGAAAAACAGUCAGUCUGCUGUUGUGUCAGUCUUCUCGCUUCCACCCGGGAUGCGCCUUUUUUCCCCCUGGAAAGUCGCAAAAUCGCAUCGGGCUUGAUGUGAAUAGUCAGUUGCGUCAAAAUUCGCCUCUGAAUAUUUCGUAAUUUUGCGUCGUAUAUUUGCGUUGAUCCCGGUGUGUAAGGACCUUUAUACUGAAAAGUGCUGUUUUUCUUUUUUCCUUUUUUUCAGCGCUCUCUACUCCUCAGCAGCUGCCCUGAGGUGGUCGUCUAUGUUAUGUUUAGUGUGUAGUCUGUAGGAAAGCAGUCUUACUGAAUGAAAAGCUUAAACUCAUGACUCCAUAACAAACUAUAAGCACAUGUCUGUCGCAGCACUUAAUUGAGCCAAAGCUCCACUUCACUUACUUUCCUCUUCCCUCUUAGCUUGUACCUCCUCUCCUCACAUCUUGUUCUUUGGACAUGAUGGUUACAUAGAAGAGGCUCUUAUCUUUCUCUACCUGCUUUUCUAAACUCACUAUCUUCCUCCUGGCUCAGGUGAUGUUCUCUGCCCUGGUGGAUUCAAAGUAAAUGUGAUUAAAGAUUGCCUCCAAUUGCCCCAUCCUGGUUUUUCUGCUUGUUCCUAAGAAAUGAUUCAUCAUCAAAGUAGUUACUUUAGUAUUUAGAGUGAAACAUUAUAAAGCUUGUAUUUCUCCCUCCUUUUUUUUACUUUGUCAGAAUUUUCAGAAGAAUUAGUUUUUUUAUGCCUGUAGGUCACAAAUCUUCUUGUUGUGUUAGAUUAAGUAAUGCCUCACUAGGCGCUGAAUCUUUUAUGCAUCCUACAUCCUUGCCUCUCAUCCAAGAAGGAUUUAUUUAUGAUAUGGAAAACACUGAGUCAAUGCUGUGUGUGUAGAGGUAUGAUUCCUCCGGACUUAUUCUGUUGUUUUUUAACAAUAGAGUCAAAACAUAACUUAAAAAUAAAAAUUAUGCUCUUCAUUUCACCAUCCUCCUUUAAGUGUCCACGCUCAUGUUGUGUUGAGCUCAAACUCACUUGGUUGUUUUGAAAUUGACAGAGGUGAAUUUAUUUUUAUUUGCAGGCUGGGGAGGUUAAUUGAUACCCAGCAGCUCACAGCACAGCUAAUGCCGUUAAGCUAAUGAAGUAUGAUCCUAUUUUGAUAGCGCUUUGUUUCCAUGUGUCUUUGUAACCGAGUCGUGGAAAUCAAUCACAUUUGGGGACCUUUUAAAGGACUUACGUGCAGCUUACAGCAAUAUCAAUUCAACAGAGCUGAAAUGAUGCUAUAAAGAAAGUUUGUCAAAAGGAUGUGGACAGGUGUCAUUAGACCUGGGCGAUUUGGCAAAGAAAAAUGAUCACGAUAUAUUUUGUUGUAUCCCCCAAUCUCGAUUAUUAUCAUGAUUUUUUUUAAAACUACCUGUUUUAAAGCAUCUGUACUAAAAACUAAAGAAAUUACAGAUUAGUUCAACAUUUUAUUAACAUACAAAGUAAAUAACAAAGCAAAUUAAAUAAGAUAAACCAUUUUAACUCAACAGGACAACAAAUGUAGAUAAAUAUUAGAUAAUACAGUGAAUUAGUUCACAGUCAUAAGUGUUUCUGCAGGUAUGUAAGACCCAAAAUAAACAAAUUACCCUGCUAAUGCAACUCGCACAGUCAGCAGUGACAGACUGUACAGACUCUACUCACAUUUUCAUGCUUUCUGCAGAAUCACUCGUGAAGAGCUUCUUAAAAUGAUUAAACAGAUUUGUUGUGUGUGUUUUGAGGGCACCGACCGCCGACAUACCUUACACAUUGGCUUAAUCGCUCAACAAACAUUUUGCUGAAACAAUCACCUGCUUCUAUGUCAGCUUUAAAACAUAGAAAGUUGUCAUAGAAGCACCUGGACUAUCAUAUGUUUAGCAGUUUAAAAAGAGGGAAAAAGUGCACAUGAGCAACUUUCUACUUGCCACAGUCACACAAAUUGUGCUCAGUGUUGAUAAGCUACACCAGAUCAUCAGAAGGAGUCACCUCAGGACCUGUUUUUGCUGAUACACGCCUGGGAAAAAACAGCCUUUAGUGGCAGAUCUUUGGGGAGUUUUCCGGGAGAGUUCCUGGCCUUGCGCCCGGGUCAGGGCCAUGUGCCGUUUUAUCUGACUCACCGACAUGUUUGUCAUUCUUGUGUGUGUUUUUUUUUUUUUUUUUUUCUUACCGAGCUGGUCAACCUGUUUUACCUGACCCCCAUGUUUCUUUUUUCUCCCGCAGAGAUGUGAGCUGUGUCCCCACAAAGAUGGAGCCCUCAAGAGGACAGACAACGGAGGUAGAAUCCCACACACACACACACACACAUCUGUGGUGAGCCUCUUGUGUAUUUUUUCAUUAAUUGCGUGUCACCGGCAAGUUUAAGGGGUGUGAGCGUGCUGGGAGAGUUAUGUUGCUGUUUGUUGUGUGUGCUGCCUCUCUUCACCGACUUUGCCAGUCCAUGUUUUACGAGAGUGUGUGAGUGUGUGUGUGUAUGUUUAUGAGGGGGCGGGCCAGGAUGGGUAUAGUGCAUGGCCUGUGAGGAGUCUCCUCUCUGGGUUCAUUGGGAGGUCAGCUUGGUGGAGACUGUAAAUAUUCAGUGUGUAUGUGAGUGUGUGUGUGUGUGUGUGUGUGUGUGUGAGUCAGUCAGAGAGAGCGGCACAGCUGUGGGAUUGUGUCCAGGCCUGCAGGGAGGCAUCAGGACAACACUAACACACACCGUUUUACUACUUUCUCUUUUAUUUUACCCUUCCCAUGACCCCUCUCUCCCUCUCUUUUUUCCUCCCAUUUUUCUCUCACCGUCUCUUUCCCCCCCGACCGUCCGUUUCUCAGCUCCUGUCAGUCCCUCUUUACUUGUUGAUCUGUGUGGUAGUCGCUGUUAUUUCAGGUGGAACAGUAAUAAAGCAGAGUAAAGGUAUUAGUCUGAAAUGGGUAUUUAAUCCGACAUCUUUAAGGGGGGAGAAAGGAAGAGAGACAGAAAUUAAAUUGAAGGAAGCUUGUCUGGCUCUCUUUUUUGAUAUACCUUCAAAGUUGGUACUCUAAUGAUAGCAGUAAAAAGAAGUUGCACUCUGGAAGGUAUAAAAAGGUUAUACUUUGCAUCCAAUAAGAAAGUUUUUUAUGAAAUAUGAGCAGCAGGUUACUCCAAGUCUGUACUCGAGAGGAAAUUUGUUUCAGCAGUAUCUCAGUUGAAACUUGUCAAACAUGAAAUAUCAUGCGUUCAUUUUUAUCUGACAUUGGUGUCAGGGUUUUCUUGUGGUUUCCUGCAAGAAAAGCCAUAAACUCAUCAUCUCAAACCGUCUACUUUUUCCUGUUUCUGUUCAUUUUGAAACCAGAAAACACCCAAUCAGCCAAACUCCGGCUCAUUGUCUCAGCGCAUCGUGAGGAAAAGGAUGUUUGUUGCUCUUUGUUUGGUAUUCGGGGGGUAAAAGUUUGAACGCUCAGUUUGCGGAGGCAGGCUGUGCCACUUUUAUAGUCCUGUUUUAUAGGCCUCUUCCAGAUUCUUGGAGGGACUUCAAAACAACAACAUGCCCCCAUUUCACACCCGCCGCCUCCUCUCCGUCCCGCCCUCUGCCCUCCUCCCCCCUCCUGUCCCGCUCACCAGGUCAAAGGCAGGUCAGGGGUUCAACUGUAAGUUUAAGCCUGUUUUUGUUUCCGCUACGGGGGAAAAACAGACACCUCCAGUGUGGCAGGAGACUCCCACCUCCAUUUGACCUCGCGCCGACCUCCUCCUGCUCCUCCUUGCCCGUCGUCAAUUCUGCUGCCACUCCAGCAGGCCCCACUGUCAUCCCGCCGCCCCCAGUUUGUCUUUGCUGACAGGCAGCUGUGUGUUAGCCGGACGGAUUAACAACCAGUUUGCAAUUUAACAUAUUUACAGCUCGGCUCUCGCAAAGUUUAUUGUUUUAUUUUUGCUCGGUGAAUGUAGCCCAAAGUGCAUUUUGGCAUUUUUAUGGUGAUUCAAGGCCACAUGUAGGUUGUGCUUUGUUUGUGCCAGAGAAGUUUUAUACAUCAACCCUUUUGGCUCGACAUACUAUGUUUGGUGUAGGUAAGGGGGGACGGCAGGGUUGCACAUGCAAAGAGAGGAGGAGUAACAGCCUCCCCAUAUGGUGACCGUGUCUGUGUUUAUACCAGUACAUCAUGAACAGUGAUAUUUACGAAACACAAUCCCAUGGUCUGCCCUGAACUCCUGAACUAUGAUCAAAUUCUCACCAGGUAUUAAACCCCCAGAGAGACCAAACUAAUCAUGCACUUUAUCUAGAUAGAUAUAUGUAAAGGGAGCUGUGGUUUGCAUUCAUUGUUUGAUUCAAAAGGUCCCAACAUUUAAUCAUUACUUUUAAUAACCUUAAGUAUGAGUUACACCUCUUAAGAAUGUACAUAAAGUCUGUUUUGUUCACACAGCUGAUAAAACUCUGUAGGCGAUAUACGGAGCAGGUUAUCAGCCGUUGUCCCUCUCGCCAUAAAUUUCAAAGCACUGCCACAACUUGAAACCAACAAAUCACGCUUUUAUUACUCUUCAAGACCGAAAACACGUGAUUUCAAAUAUGCAGGUUAACCUUAAAAUGUAGUCCUUCCCUUCCUUUCGCUGCAGAGGUUGAUGGCUCCUUCUCUUUGGGUUUCUUCACAGGCUGGGCCCAUGUGGUUUGCGCCCUUUACAUACCUGAGGUGGAAUUCGCCAAUGUGUCAACUAUGGAGCCGAUAGUCCUUCAGUCGGUGCCACACGAGCGCUACAACAAGGUGACAAAAUAUGCCCACGAAUCCAGACAUGCUGGAAAAUCCAUUUCUGAGGAAUUUUCGAAGGGAAAGAGUCUUUUGAUUCGUUUAAAUGGUUCUUUUGUAUUUUUGCAGACAUGCUACAUCUGUGAAGACCAGGGCAGAGAGAGUAAAGCAGCCUCUGGAGCCUGUAUGACCUGCAACAAACAUGGCUGCCGGCAGGCCUUCCACGUCACAUGGUGAGACCCGUUUCAAUCACAUUAACUCCACAAAGAGGGAGAUUGUUGUUUUUUUUUCUCAGUUACACACUCAAAACUCCACCAAAGCGUUUUAUAUGAUAGAAGAAAAGUUUUCAGUCACUGUCAGUGUUCAAUUCUGUCGCUCACAUGUUUUCAGUGAAUUAUAUUAACCAUAAUGCUUUUUAAAGUUAGGAAAUUACUGUUUUACCCAACAGCAUAAGGAUACCAGUUGUUGUAUAUUUUUUUGCAUCACACUGAAUGAUAAAUCACACUUUCUCUGCCACAGCGCCCAGUUCGCAGGGUUGUUAUGUGAGGAACAAGGAUCGGAUGCAGACAAUGUCAAGUACUGUGGAUAUUGCAAAUACCACCACAGCAAAUUGGUGAGUGUCCUCUUUCUUAACUGUGACUUUUCCAGAGAUUGUGCUUCUCUUGUCAGACUCUAAAAAAUAACACACAACAAUACUUCUUACCUGAAUGGAGAGAAAACUGCUUUCUUUCUGUUUGUUUUGAGACCUUUAAUGCCUGUAAUCACAAAUUAUGGCCAGGAAAUUCAGUUUCUUUUUGGAGCUGAAAUAUUUAUUUCACUUAUUACUGAAAACCAAAACAAUCCAAAUGUCCUUAAAACGUAAUAAAUAUGUUUAUGUUUAUUUAUCCCGUUUGAUACAUGAGAUGAUUUUGGAAACUGGGCAUUUUUAUGAUUUAUCGGACUGUUUUCAGGUGGUUUUUUUUAGUAAUUUGUUGAUCAUAUUGAUUUGAUAGAGGUAUCAUAAAAGUAUGUAUCAAAUAUGAUACAAAAGGCAUGAAAGGGUUAAAAUUUAUUUAAUGAUGUACUUUGUUCAGGUAGAAUAUUUAUUUGUUUUUGACACAUUGCUACUACAUUUCACUAGAUUAUAGGUGUAAAGCUCCUUUUAUACCCAUAAUCCCCAAGAACUGAGUAUUUUCUUUGAGUUUUAUAUUCCUCAUUAUGGAAUCACCUUUUGUGUGCUGUCAGGGCACAGUUGUAUCUUUCAAAGGAUAAAAAUGAACACUGUAUUUCACAGAAAAGGCCCUUUGAUUUCUGGUCAGGUCACCAUAGCAGUGCAGUAUCCCCCAAAUCAAGACCCUGGCAAAAAUCACUUUUUGUAAAUCCAGACUUAAACUGUUAUGAAAUUGUGGAAUUUUAUACAUGUGAUUUGAAAUUCUGAAAUUUAUCACAGUUUAGAAAAAAAACUCUUGACAGCCCUAAUGAAAGUUUGUUUUUUGUUUAAGAAAGUUAAUCACAGAUGGCCCGGUAGUCACAACGUACACACCAGUUUACACACACUGAGAAUCUUGUGAAUGACCUCUGAUGACCCCACCAACACUUUCUUCUUCCAUGUUUUCUUUUGCCUCAUUUCUCGUCUUCCACUUUGUUCUUUCUGUCUUUUUCUUUGUUUUUUUUUUGCCUCAUUCCUCAUUUUCCUCCAUCUCUUUUCUCUUAUUUACUUUAUCACUCCUUACCCAUCACCCCCUGUUUUCCAUCUCCCCCGUAUUCCUCCACCAUCAUCGUAACUUCAUCUAUGACUCCAUCCAUUCGCCUUUGGUUGGAUUUGCAAAAGCAGGAUGGGGACUCUUGUGCCUGGUUUUCAAUUUUAGCUGUAAAUAAGGAUAAUCCGACUCGAUCAUCACCUUUGUAUUUUAAAAAAGAAAAACAUUUGGCUGAUUCAUUUCACAGUUUUUAACCCACCUUUCCUGUCAAUUGGCUUUUAUUAUGUAGUCAUCAAGUACACUAGCGGCUUUUCUCCUGCUUCAGAUCAGACACAUGGUUUCAAUUUAACAUUGCACAGGUGUUUGAGUGCUGUAAGAAAAGUCUUUUUUUAAUCCAAAUACAAAACGUAAUGAAUAAUAUUGUAGAAAAAGGGCAUAAAGGUUAACCUUGCGAGGACAGAAUAACAGAAUCUUUUGUUAUUACAUUUCUGCACGAUUGGCAUUCACUCCUCAAUGACAGAUAACUGGUUUAUUGUCCAUGAUCGCAGCCCUACCUCAUCUUUUGUGGUCUGUUAGCCUUGCUCUGGCCGUGCAGCCGGCAUAAUGCGGACCUGAUGGGUGGACAGCUCGCCUUUGUCAAGCAAAUUCAAUCAGAUAAGAGAAGAAUGAAAAGGAGAGGCAUAUCAACACACAAAUCCAACCGCUGGAUAUGCAGAGGAAAUGUGUUUUCGGCACACACAUUGACCGAAGAGACGUCCUGUUGUGCUUCAGAUUUUUGUUCCACCUCUCCAGCAGUUAACAACCUCACACAUGUACACACACACAAACCCGUGUGCGCACCGUGCUCAAGUCGGAGGAGGGACACUAAUAUGAAAAAUACAAACGUGGCUUGAUUAUGAUGAUUCCUGGAACAGUGGUUUGAUGGAAACACAGGGCAGGCUAUAUAUGUGUGUGUAUAGAGACGCGCACACACAAACAGACACACACGCAGAUGACAUUUUGCAAUGUUAACAAACACUGAUGGAAAGACUCAUGCUGUUGUAUUGAUCGUGUAUGAAUGGCUUUGGAUGCUGGGGCAUAAUGUCAUUAAGCUGAGAUUGUAUGGAUGACAGGAAUGUACGAGAGGGAAUCAAUGAUGAGGAGAGCAAUGUUGUUAGCAGAGAGCGUUUCAUAAAAUACCACUUGAUGGAUGUUUACGGCAUUUUAGCAACAUAUGGUUUUGACUGGUCUCAGCCAUAAGACAAAUCUAAUUUUAAACUUAGUUUAUCAUUGUUUGGUCCAAACUCCAAAGAAAUUGCUCCUUGGUCAGCUAUUUCUUCAGGGCUGUAUAUGAUCAUUUUGUCCUCAUUUGUAAGGCCAAGUUUUAAUGCAGCUCUCUGAUUAAUUUGGGUUACUUUACUAAUCAUUUAGAUAUGAAAGAGCUACAGGAUCUUCUGUCAGUGAUUUGUCGCAACAUUUUUUGUCACAAGCUGUCCUUUGAAAGCCAUAAGUUAAGCACCAAAAACAUUUAAAACUGUUGGAUUAAAAGUGUAAAAAAGCCAAAAGUCUUUCCUAGCAAACGCUGAACAGAAAGUGAAGUUUUGGAGACUAAACAGGGUCCAUAGCAGGAUUUAGGUUUUGAAAUCACAUGCACAUUUACCACUCUUUACCUCAUACUGAGGGAGUUAUCUGUUGAGGAUUACAUAGGAAGCCCUUUGGCGCCAUAAGUAACACUAAUGGAUGAUACUGGCCAUCAUCAGCACGCCACGACUGUUGCACAACUAAAAGGGAUCACUUGAAAAAGCUAAAACUACAUUCAAAAAGGCUUUAAUUUCAUAUAAAACUGGUAUUAUACCAAGUUUAUUUUAAUGAAAUAGUUACAUUUUAUGAAUAACUUUCAACUUCAGCAUAUCCAACUCCUUUUACAUCAUUUGCCUUUGCACUGUGAUGCAUGAUACGAUAGGUAGCAAAUGAGUAGUGGUCAUUUUGAAACACAGCCAUAGACCUGUAGUAUAUGGUUUACAACAAACUGAUGUACCUCUUCUUCUUGUCAUGUGACUUCAUCAAUCACAAAUUGCCAUUCUUGGCUACUACGUCUAAGAUAGCAUACUUGUCAGGCAGUAUACUGGAGUUCAACAGCGAUAUACAAGCGUUAUGGGGUCGUUGAAAGAGCUGUUACACAUUUUAGGGAGGUUGAAUAUGGUUUGUGAGAUUUCAUCUUACUCUUAAAGAAUCAGGCCAAUCUUGUCUGGAAGGAAGUCGUAGUCAUGUGACUCAUGCAGUGAGCUGUAUGUGAAGCCAGAUGAGGAACAAGUGGUCAGAACACUCUGUUUGUCACCAAUUAUUAGAGAUGCUAAGUGUGUAGUUGGAGAUCUGUAUUUCACAGUAGAAAUUUAAAGUUUGAUCCAUGCUUUGAGGUGAUAUAGAUCCAGUUUGAGGAUGUAGUUCUUGAUCAGAAUUGAAACGUACAAUAAAAACGUACAGGCUGUUUUUGGCAAAGUUGGUACCCCAGGGUCUCUUGUUUGUCCCAUGAUGGCUCUUUGUGUUAAUGUUUUUGGACUGCAGUUUGAAACAGUGGUUAAGAAUAGAUGUUUCUUUUUGUUCCUCAGAGACGAUAAAUCCUUUUUGUUUUUUAUUGUUAUAGUUGAGAUCUAAUGUAUAUUAUUGAAACACCCUCUACCACCAUGCAUUUUCCACUAUGUAGUGCCAACUGGCUUUUGUGAACUUCACUUUUGUAAUCAAUGCCAAGUGUUUUUGACUGUUUUUGAAUUUUGAGUUGAGCCUUUUAAAGGUGAAGUUUUCUUUUUAGUUCUAGUUUUUAGUUCUUUUUUUUAUUUUAGCCUUUUUUUUUUCCCUUGGACUUCAUCCAGUAACUUGGAGUUCCUCUUUACCUUUUUUUAGCGAAGGAGCAGGGGCCGUGGUAGUAGGUCUCAAAGCUUAAGUGACUCUUCCACUCAGUGUAUGGAUAGACCCCCAGACACGGACAAGAAGGUAAGACAGCCCUCAGAUCUUACCCUCUCUAUGCCUCCAACGCCAUGACUGUGACUCAUACGCCCUCACUGUCACAUGCUCACACUGUGGAGGGACAGGCGAGCUACUGAUCAAUAAGCAUCCUCAGUGGCAAAUUUAAUGGCUUUGUAAUAAGCAUUUAUGGAGACGGUCUUUGAAUCAAUGGGCAGGAGAUUAUCUACGACAAGUAGUGACAGAAGACACGUUUGUUCAAAUUAACAAAAGAGAUAAAGGGAAAAAAAAGGAUGUGUGGUUUUGAUAAUACCCUUUCAUAUCUUGAGAGUGCACCUAGAAAGUCAUUUUUAAGCCUAUGAAUCGCGAAAGAUGAUAUUUAAUGGAUAGAAAUGGAUGGCAGUCUUUGAAGUGGAGCUGUCUGCAGGACAUGUAAUCACAGGCUGUGAAAAUCAGAAUUAUAAGGGCUUUUAAGGUCUUUUUUGUGUGUUUGGUUUGUUUUUAUCAUUUGUCGUCAAAAUAGAGGACAGAGCCCAAACAUAAUCUGCCCUGAAGGUAAUUUGAAAAAUACUACGUUAUAAGUUAUUAAUCUUUUGAUGUCAGAUGCACCAUUACUCCAUCACCAGCUCCUGCAGACAUGUCCCUUUACAGUUGAGCUGUUCAGAGAGAGCGUAGAGUUUAUUUUUUCACUGUCAUUGAUUCUUCCAACUGAACCCUCAAAAGUAUUUGUAGGUUUUGGACCGCAUUUUAAAACUGCAGCCAUCCCUCAGCCCCCUCUCCGAUGGAGAUCACUUGACACAGUUUACAGGGUCCUGAUUCUUUGGUUAGUGUGGGAGGUGGGCUUUUUGAGCUCUUAAAGCCAACAGGAUGGUCUUAAAGUGCAUGGUAGACCACUGAGAACUGCUAGGCAAGUAUUAAACUUAAUGGAACAGGUUUGUGUGCGUGUGUGUGAGAGAGUGUGUGUGUGUGUGUGUGUGUGUGUGUGUGUGUGUGUGUGUGUGUGUGUGUGUGUGUGUGUGAGUGUGUGUGUGUGUGUGUGUGUACACAUUUGCUUCUGUGUGACCUGAAAAUGUUCAGAUUCUUACAAAAAAAAGUGACAUUUAAAGCUCCUGUGAGGAGUUCUUGGAUGUUUGUUAAAUUGAUUAAAAAUUCAUGCCCUUGCCCUUUUAUGAUAUCUAAAAGCAAACAAGACCAUCUGCAUCGGGACUGACGAUUUUUAUAUUUUAAUAUUUAAUACCAGAAACAGGUGCGAGGGGCGUAGGUGUUGGCAGAACAGCUGAAGAAACCGCCCUGUUUUUAUCAUUUCCACAUUGAGAUUUCACAAUGAAUGAGAAUUAGCUUGUCAAAAGUCAGCAGGAUGGGAUGUGAUUAAAGCACGAAGACGACACACUUUGUCUACAAACUGUGCCAAAAAUGACACAAACCAAAAGUUCCUCACAGGAGCUUUAAAUCAAGCUGUUAGCUUAUAUUUUUUAAUAUUACAAAAUGAGUGUGUUUGUUGUCGCCGUAAAGAUGGCUGGUAGAAAUAUCUUGCAAAUUCUUUAUAAAGUCAGUUCCCAUCAGAUUCAAAUUGAAAAGAGAUGAAAUAACAUAUAUCAGCAUAGGAUUUUUGGUGGUGUUGUUUUUCUCUCUCCUGACUUUGCAUUAAAUCUUUAUGUUUAAAGUAUAAUAGGUCUCAACCAGAAGGGAUUUGACUUUUCGAAUCAGGCAACACAACUGAUUACGAAUAAAUUAAUUACCUUAACUUAACUUAUAACUUAUAUUUCAAAUUUUAUCUGUACUAAAAAUAGCAACACACUAAUAGCUGUUCUAAAAUGACUGUAUAUACAGUGUGAUUUAAUAAUAAUACUUGUAUUACAGUAUAUUUUUCUUUGUUUUUCUGCAUUAAACAAUUAGCUAAAUUAGAAUUAAGUAUCAGGCAUGUUUUGCAGUAUCUUUACUGUCUUUCUUGUCAUUGUGUAGCUACAGUUGUAGCUUUAAGAUGAUUGUGUGCGACAUGCAUGUGUGCAGCCUUGUGUAUAUUAUAAAGCCCCCCUGCUAUUGCUUUUGUUAAUACAGCCUUAUUUGCAUCAGUUGGAGUACCCCCUUCCCUUUCACUCGCACACUUACACACACACACACACACACAUACACACACACGUGCACGUGUGCUCUCUCCGUGCACAUUCCAGGGUCAGAGAUCAGUAGGCUCAGAUGUGUGUGUGUCCACACAUGCAUUUGUUAUGUGGUUUGGAGGCUCAGAUGUGAACCCACCUCACGUUAGACCCUGCAGCCAAACUACAGCAGGAGCUAAAAGAUCCCCCACACUGGCCGCUUAGUAGAGGCCUGCAGGAAACAUACACACACACACACACACACACACACACACACACACACACACACAUCCAUAGAUACACAAUGGCUGGUCAGAAAUCCAGCAGGAAACUGCACGGGGGAAUUCCUGCCAGGCCAGGGUGGAUUAUUUUCCCCCUUACUUCCUGUUCCUCCGUUUCCCCUCAUCUCCCCCCAGCCUUCCCCUUGUGUCUGCAACCUCUCAUCUUCUUCCUGAGGCCAUUGCGUUGACUUGUGAAACAUUUAAAAUACAUGUUAUAUUAAACCAAUGGGAAUAAGUUUAUUCAGAUCAUUGGUAUAGGCCCUUUAUAUGUAAUAUAACAGAGAUUUAUUGUUUUUUCUUAUUAUUUUUAUGGAAAAAGAAGUAAAAGCAACACAAUUUUAAGACAUGAACGGAUUUAUUGAUCCUUUUUAUCUAUAAAAAAAUAUAAUAUAAUUGUUUUUUUUCCAGAGUUAGAGCAUUUUGUUGUUAGGGGGGAAAAAGCCAUUCAAAGACAAUUUUUUGUUCUUUUUUUUGUUUUAAUAUUCUUACAUUUUUGUCAUAGGUCAGAGAAACAAAUUAUAGAAAUGGAACAAAUAUAAUGGUAAUCAUGUGCUGCACACGACCUAGUGACCACACGCAAAUAUCAUACAACCAAAGUGUACAUAUUAAAGAAAUUGCCCGACACACAUGCAGGAAUUAAUGCUCAUAUUAUUCCGCAUGUGUGACACAGACGGAGAGGAUUUCAGCCCUUUGUUGUAUUUCUCAUUGGUUGUGAGUUUGUUGAUAAAUAGACAUGCCCCUCGUCCUCUGCCACCUCUUACAUUUACCCCACACAGUCUCAAAGAGCACUCGGACAUGUCAAUUGAUCAGGCCGCUAAUGGUCAGCGGCAGAAAAAGAGGGGAGAGGACACGCUGAAAUGCUUUGUCUCUGCCUGUAUAAUCAAUUGACCUGAUUGAUAAGGGUGUGUCAGGGUUACAAUGGUUGUGUGUUAUGUUUCCCACGCCCAGUGCUUUGGCUCCCUCUGUGUGUGUGUGUGUGUGUGUGUGUGUGUGUGUGUGUGUGUGUGUGUGUGUGUGUGUGUGUGUGUGUGUGUGUGUGUGUGUGUGUGUGUGUAUGUGUGUGUAUGUGUGUGUUAUCCGAGCCUCUCAGCUCAGGCUCUGUCCAUCAACACCUUCCUCUGGAAUGUUAAUGAAAAACAACAAGGCAAUCCCGAAGAAUUUACCUCUCUGUUUCUCUCACUCUCCUUUUCUCCUCCUUCAGCUCUUCUCUUUUUUGUUCGGGGAGAUGAGCUAUUAGUUUGCCAUUUCACCUUGGAGCCGUCUACUCCAUCUUUUUUUUUUUCUGUCUUUAAUGAUUUCUUGUGUUGACCAUUUUACUGAAAGUUAGUCUGAAUAGUUAGUGUAUAGUUUGUUUCUGAAUAUGUGCGACACUUUGUACACUGAGAAGUGCAUGUGUUGCUCUCUGGCUCGGCUUUAUCCACACAGCCACCCUGUCUUUUCGCAUGAGGCUGUCAUUUUUUUCCCCAUUUUCAUUUUCCUUUGAUAUUGACCACAGAAAUUGAUUUUCAUUUUUCAUUUCAAUAUAAAUUCCUUAAGUGAUCAGGAUUUCUUUUUCUAAAUGGACGAAGGCUGCCCUGAGUUGAUUUCUUUUCAAGUCUUUGUCACACUCUGCAGACAUUUAAUCUAUUGUAAAAGCUGUAAUAAAAAUUGCUGUUAUGUGACAUUCUUUUAGCAUCUUUUUUUACUGCCGGCAAAAUAAGGUAACCUAGACCUGUCUUUGUAAAUGUGCUGCCAGAAGGCCUGCUGUCCAAGUAUGUUCCAAGUAAGCUCUGUUGCUCCUGUAAUUUGUUAAAAUUUGGCACCAGACAGCAGAAGAAGAAUUAGAUCCUGGGUUGUAUCAUCAAACUAAAUCAUAUCAGAAUGAUGCAGAAGAAGCAGAGUUCACAGAAGCCCUUAAAGUGAAUUAACAAAAUGUGCAAAUCUGAAACUAAUCAGGUGUCGUGAAUAAAAGGGAUCAGUCUAUGGUUUGAGUUUUGUUGUUAUCAUUGUCAAGGAUUAGUCUUCCUGUAAAUCAAAACUUCCAAUUCAGUAUUUUUGGACACAUUUAUAGGUCCUUUUUUUUAAUGGACGAAAAUUUUGUUACCGCAAGUGUAUUCUGUACUAUUCUGUAAGUGUAUUCCAACAUCUGUUAAGAUACUGAAUGCACAGAUGUAGUUGCAACUUCUCUUUUAACUGUCUUUUACACCUACCUUUAUUUAUUUAUCUAUUCACUGGAACUGUGCAAUAGGGCGGUUUGAAUGUUGUGACUGUGGUGUGUUUGUAAAGGUUACUGUUCUUCGUAUGACUGCAGAACCAUAUAAAGAAUAUGAAAUGAAAUGAAAUAUUGCAACAUUAAUAGAAAGAUGUUUGAGAUCUGCCAGUAUGCUCAUGACAGGAGACCCCAAAUAUUCCUUAUAAUUUAAGUAGCUUUUGUUGUCAAGGCUACAAUAAUAUUUCAGUUUAAGGGGGAUAAAUGAGGAAGAUUUUGGUUUAAUAGGAAAGAAAACAUGUAGUCAACAUCUGUAUGUUUUAGGAAAGCUGGGAAAAUGAAACCGUGUGUGAAGGUAAUAUCAGCCAGAGUGGAGUGAGAUGAGUGAAACAAAAGCAAAAUAUAAACACCAUGGUCAGCUAUUGACAAAAGAACAAAAGAGACACACACACACACACACACAUAUGCACACACACUGUAAUAUUUGUCUCCUAAACCAAAGAACGUUAGCAUUAGCGGAAGCAGCAGCAGCAGCAGCAGCGUGCAGAGGGAGUUACAGUGGAGCUGCUAUCUCCUGAUUUGGCGGCUCAUGUCUGUUAACUGCCACUAACAGAGGAAGUCUGGCUAAACUGUCACCAGCCUCAAGGCAGUGGCUCCUCCGUGAGACCCUCAGGGAGGAGAAAAAAAAUGAGGAAAGGGGGAGGGGUUCUGGUGUUUCAGAAUUUUCACGACACCAAGCAUUAGGAGCUUGUUGAGUCCCAUGUCGUCUCUCAGAAUCGCUGCAUAUUUUCACCACCUAUCUUAGAGAGUGUGUGGAUGUGUGCUUGCAAUACAUGUAAUUGUCUGUGUAAGUGUGUACGUGCGUGCGUGCGUGUGUGUCAGCGCACCUGUCUGCUUGUACGCACGUGCAGAAGUGUCAGGGUGCGGGUUGUGCAUGUGAGGUGUAAAUGCGCUGGCACCCAGUCGCCACCUCAGGGGUGCGAGAGGAGGGUGGCGGGGUGUGUGAUAGCUGGGGUGUAAAUUGAGCUGUGAUCGUCCAAGAAGCAGGAUAUGAUUGGAUGAAACACUGAGACCUUGUGCGCUUCAGCGCGGGGCACUUAGACACACUCUGCUUUAAACUGAAGCAGGCUGAAUUCCUGUCUCCUCCUGCCCGCCUUUUUUAUCUCUCCUCCAUCACUCUCUUUGUGUUUGUGGAUCUCUGAGCUUUCAUCUCCUACCGAGCCUUUGAAAUGUAAUGCUCUUUCUUUUUAUCUCUCUUUCUGUCUGCCACACGUAUCCUCCCUCUUCUGUUCCUAUUCCCUAAUAACUCAUACCGUAGUUAGGUAAAUUCUUUUCAACCGUAAUAUUUCACAAAACACUUGCGUAUGCGGUUCAGUAUGUUACCGAUGUUCCUGGAGUGCAGAGGGUUAUCAAAUGAGGUUGUUGGAGGUCUGUUUUUCUUUUUCUGUUCGUCCUUAUUUCUCUUUUCCCUGUAUCAUGUCUUCAGCAGCUUUACCCAUCUGUUUCUCCUUUUUUUUUUUUCUCUCCGCUCCCUAUGCACAGAAACACAAGGAGCGAGACAGGCACAAACCGAAACACAAGAAGAGCUCCAUGGACAUGUCUCCCUCCCUCAUCCUUCCAAACAUCAUGGUCCCAGAGAAGGUGAGCGCUCUCCUCGUCUCCUCAACCCUUCAGUUUGCUGCAUGACGACUGAGCUACAUGUCAUAUACAUUAAAAAAAGGGCUGGUUGCCUUUUUUAUUCACCUUGUUUAACCUUUUUAACUCUACUUGGGUGUAUUUAUUUGGAUAUAUUUAUUUCCCUGUCCCAGUACAUCAUUAAUUUCCCUCCCUUCAGCCGUACAACAGCAGCAGCUCAGGGGGAGGCGUCCCCUCCCUGCCAGCAUCCUCACAGAAGCGGCAGGAUGACAGUAGCGCCCGCUUCACCAACGCCAACUUCCAGGAAGUGUCGUCGGCUCACUCCGGUGGCACUUCCAAAGACGGCUUGUCCGCCGACGCCGGGAAGGUGGCGUCUGAGAUGAAGAGCAAGAAGAACAGCGGCGCAAGUCACACAGUAGGACAGAGGAGUGGCCGCAAGUCUCUCACCUCCUCAGGGAAACCCCUCCCCUCUGCUGUCGUCACCAUGGCAACUUCUUCCACAUCUGCCUCUGCUUCCACUGGGCCGUUCCACCAAGGUAAAUUGAUAGCUGCAAAUGGUCCUGUAUGUAAAUUUUCUCACAACAGGUAAUUAACCGUACAGCUAAAAAAAGGAAACGCAGUGCUGCGCCCAUCCACCAAGACCCACCUUAAGAUCCAACCAUGAGUGUGUGUGUCUGUGUGUGUGUGUGUGUGUUUGUGUGUGCGUGCUGUGUCAUUUUCUGGAUUCUGCCCAGGCACCAGACUUCAGUGUGUGGCUGUGAUAACAGUGUUUCGUCUUGACUGGCCUCUGGCUCCUGUAAUCAGGAGCCCUGUCUGAGAAAAGACCAACACACACAGACACACACAUGCUCAUAAGCAUAGAGAAAGAAAGAAGAGCAUGCAGGAAGGUCAGGACCUGAAAAGAGCCAGGGCACAUGCUGCACUCCUGUGGUUUGUUCAGUCAGAACCUUGAAGCCCUUGUCAGGUGUGCUUUUGUGUGUCUGUGAGAAUCCAUUUAUUUGUGUUUUUCCAGAGCAGUCUGUUGGUUCAGCAGGAGGACAGUGAUGAGGGAGGACUGACUGUACCGCAGAUAGAGAGUGGGAGAGCAGAUAAAGUGCUUAUUUGGGCUAUCUUUUCUUCUCUGCUCCCAUGAAGAUGUCGAGUAAAGUUGUGAGGAAACUUCCAGCUGUAAUGUUUUCCUCUCUCCGUGUCCUCUCUCUCGUUUUCUCCACUCUCUUCCUGUCUGUCUGUCUGUCUGUCUGUAUCGCAGGGCUCCUGCUGACCAGUGCCAGCAAGAUGCCCUCUGCCUCCUCCUCUUCGGACUUCUUAAGUUUCUCAGAUCCAUCAUUGCGUCCCGGAGGCGGGACAACUUUUUCCUCCCCGCCGUCAUUCAGCAGCUGCCUUGUUAAACCGAGCUCAGAGGGUGGAGCCUCCGAGGGAACCACAACGCUUUUUGGUUCCCUCAUGUCCGCCACUACAGCAUCUGCAGGUACUAGAUGAUAGAAGUAUAACCGUAGCAUGAGAUGAACCAGUCCAGCAGCGCCUUUUUCAGUUUCCCUCCCUCAUGAGAUCAUAUACAUACAUAAAAAGAAAAGUAUUCAUACUAUUUAGUCGCAUAAAUCUGUUGAGUUCUUGUUUGAUUUAAAAGACACAAUCACAUUUCAGUGAUUCUCCGGUCUUAAAGGAAUGUUUUCACAGUAAACUGUCAGAUUCAUGUGAAGAGGACCGAGUAUUUUUCAGGAAAAUUCUUAAUUCUGUUGUCAUUGGUUGAUUUCUCCAGAGGUAGUUGAAGUCAUUGUUCGCUUAAAACAGGAGAACUGAUGGUACAGAAUAUGUGGUCCUCAUAAAAGACCUGAGGCAGACACAUGAAAAGAGAAGAAAACACCUUGAGACUCCACUGACUUAGUACUUAAAUAUUCAGCUCUGCUUUUUUAUCAUUUCAGUGGGCGGGAAGCUGUAUGAGAAUUCCCACAGUCACACAGCGAGUGAGACGACAAGCCUCAGUGGGUCCGCUGGCUACAAACGGCCCCCACCCUCCAGCUCAGGGCCCGGGAUCGGAGGAGCCGCCGCAGGAGGAGGGGAGGACGGGGUGAAGAAGAAAAAGAAGGGCAACUGGCGAAACAGAUUUGGACCUUGCUUCACCACGGAUGUGAAGCCUUUGGAGCCGGCUCCCUCCCUGACUCUCCCCGCCUCCUCGGCGGCCAACACCUCCUCCUCCUCGACCGCCUCCCCUUCCUCCACCACGUCCUCGACGCUCUCAGGCCGGCCUGGCUUGGUUUCCAGCAGUGGAUUAGGGAUGGGGGUGGGGGUAGGAGGAGGAGAAAGAGGACUGGGGGUCAUGGGUGUCAGCGGUGGGAUUCAGAAGUCCCCGGCACUCCUCAGGAAUGGGAGUCUGCAGAACAGCGGCUCCACAACCACUGGACCAGGUGAGGAGGAAACAGCCCGUUAACACACAAAACACUCCAAUGUCUCAGAUAUCAGAGAGAGAGAUAACUGAAUCUGUCCGCCGGAUUACACAGCCAUCCUUCUUGUUUCGAAUUACCAAAAAUCAUCAUGUUGGCAGCUUAAAUGAGAAAACAGGCUGCUGUAAUUAACGAUAAAGUUCUCACACCAGUCAAACAAAGAAGUUGUGCCCCUCAUUCACUGCCCUUAGUGAUGAAAAAGGAAGUAGCUCAUGUGGUUUUGUUGCAGCAGUUUUUAUUCUUCACCUUCCUUCCUCCCUCCACAUGUUUGAGAAUUGCCUCUGUGCAGUAAGGUAUUAACAUUACCAAUCACAAACGGCAAGGAUUUGACACACCUUUGUAAUUGGCUCCCUGUGUGCCUGCGUGUGUGUAUGUGUGUCAGAGCCCGGGUCCAUGUGUUAUUUGCUCACACACGUGGAAGCAGUCGGUAUGUUUUUUUUUUUUUUCUUUUUUUUUUUUUUCCUCAUCGUGUUCAGUUGCUUGGCAACUGUCUUUAUGCUUUGGAGUUCCCCUCUGCUGAUGGAAAUGGCUCAAUACAGCCCCCACACAUCCCACAUCUUCCCUUUCUUACAGAAUUACCACCCUUUUGUUUCUCUCUGCUGCCGCUCAGCUGCUCUCCCCUACCUGCAGUCUGCGUCGCCUCAGAACCUCAGCUCACCUGUUGAUGCUUUAUGAAGCUGAUGGUGUGCGUGUGUUUUGUUUUUCCUAAUUAACUACACAAAUAAAUGAAAUAGAUGCUUGCUUCGGACUUAUCUAAUUUGUAAUGAUCACCAGUUUAUUUCACAUUUUAAGACAUUUUACAGAAAGCUCCUGCAUACAGCAAAACCUGAUUUCUCUGUUUUUUCUGACUAUUUUUGUUCAGAGAUAAAAUAUGAAUUCACAAUAAUCACUCGUCCUUUCAGAAUAAUUAAUUUUGAGAAUUUUAAUCUGUAAUAACAAUUAAAAAUAGCAUUAAAUUUCACAUUGAUUGGAACAUAUUAAACAAAAUGUAGUAAUUCAGUAUAAUUAUUUAACCGUAGUAGAUAACAUAAACAGAAAAAGUAUGAGAAGUAAGUGAAUAUGUAACAAUACACACACCUGUUUAAACAUUUGUUGCUUUGUCUUCACUGUCUGAUUCAGUUUAGGACAUACAUUUAAAACUACACAAACUUGGGGAGCUGCUUGCCUAGCGAUCAGGCAGCCAGGGUUCGAUUCCAGCCUGUGGUUCCUUUCCUACAUAUCACUCCUCGCUCUCUUUCCCCUGUUUCCUGCUCCAUCCUGUUCUAUCAGAAAAAGCUCCCAAAAAAUAAAUCUUAAAAAAUGAAAAUAAAAACUUGGACCAGUUGAAGUCUGGUGCGGUCUUUCUGUGUGAGUGUGCCCUCAGGCGUACAGAUUGAGUUAAUAAACAGCAGCAGCGUAGCUUUAACUCAGAUAUAGUGUGUUAGUAUUAUUACCCUCUGUCUAAUGGGCUUAACUGUGAAUUGACAGGAAUUUUCUUAUAAAUAAAAGUCGUAUCUGACCAUAAAUUUGAUCCUCAGUUUUGCCUUCAAACCCGUCUUUAGUGGGUAUUUAAAUAUUACAGCUAGACGGUGAAUCAGAACCCCAGUCUGGGCCAGUUUACUUCCUGGAUUUCACCUUUUGCAGUUGUGGUGGUUUGGGAUAAUUUGGUUUGUGAUUUUACAUCCAUCUCAGUUUUUUUGGUGCAGCAGUGGCAACGUAUCUGACCACAGCUGGUGAAGGCAGAUAGAAACAAAUAAAACAGUGGUGGUUAUGUAUGACUGCGCCUCAAAUGUAUGUAUGUGUGUGUGUGAACUGUGUGUUCUUCUUUAUACUGUAAAUAUUUGGCCAGGGGUUAAUGCAGGGCAGUAAUGGGGAGGAUCUUGGCGUUUAUCCCCCCCCUUCCUGUCCGCUGACUCCACCGUGCUGAUGGAUAGAUAGUUAGCCUGAUAGAUAUGUGUGUGUGAGGAGACAGAGGCAGGGGGUUAGAUUUUGGUUAGGUUAAUGUUUGACAGCAGGGGGGUCACUGAUGGGACGGACGAGCCGGUAGAGCACAGUGGGGUUUGUGUGUGGGGGAGGAAAGAUUCUAGGUGGAUGUGAAUAUAUCCAGUUCACAUGGAGUGCAUGUGUGUGCGUGUAUGUGUAUGUGUGAUGCUUGCUCCUGUUUUGUUUGCUUAUUAUGGGAUGCUUUCCAAUUUCUAUUUCUCAGUACUCUUCAGCUGUUGCUGCUUUUCCUCAUCCAACUAAAAUUCAUAAUUAUCAGCAGCUUGUGCUCACUGUGAAAACCAUGUGAGGGUAAACCAGAGGAACCUGAAAACCAGAAUUUAAUUCAGCGAACAGCAUUUCAUUUAGAUUCAAAUUAAACUGCGGUGAAAUUCUCCCUUAUUAUCUGAGUGUGUAGAAACAAUAAAAUAAUUCUGAAUUUUAAUAACGUUACUGAAGAUUCAUUGGUUCAGAAAUAAUUUGUCAUUUUGAUUUUUUUGUAAUUCACAGCUUUAUUUCAUUUAUCAUUUUUUAAAAAUUCAGUAAACUUUUUUAAAAAUGAUAAUAUGUGUUUUAAUAUUUUAAAUUUAGUUUUUAUCUCUAAUUCCAAAAGAGAGGGAACUCUGGGAUGAAUUAAACUGAGACUCCAUCCAAAAACAGAGAUUAUUACACAAUUUACACUCACACACACACACACAAAAAAAACACACAUUCAUGAAACCUCACACAAAUAACACAACAGCGUAUCUGAAAAUUGAAAGCAAACAGUUUCAAAGUGACGGCUCUUUCAUGUGCAACAGAAGAAUAUGUUUGUGUUCUUCAGCACAAACCGCGCAGAAUAAAAAUGUGUUAAAUUUGAAUAAUUUUGAUUUAAUUUGUCCGAGUUUGGUCAGCCCUCACUCCUCGUUUCUAGCUGCUUUCUUGCACAUCAGAACUGCAGCGACUCUGUUUGUUUAUUUUGAAACUGAUGUGGCUUCAUCCCCCCCCCUCACCAUGUGACAUACAUUUAGCAGACAAACACACACAGAUGUGUGGACACAGAGUCUGCACACACACUCGCAAACAUAUUUACAUUGACUGUCCUUCAUGUCGCGCUGCUCGCUCCACAAAUUGGCGUGAUGUUUGAAUAAAUUUCUGUCUUGUCUUUGAAGACUCGUAGAGUAAAAGACGUCUCUGUCAUUCUGGUGGGUUUCAGUGUUUUUCUCCACGAUCUAUUUUUUAACUUUAAAUGACCGUCUGCAGUGAAAAUCAAGAAGGAACACGUCAGAGCAGCAGACUCAGCUAUUUAGAUGGAUGUUACUUUUUAGUGCAUAAUGUGGAGAAACUGGCAAGUCAAAACUGUGAUUCAGCUGUUAAAUAGCUGCAACAUGAUGCCAGCCGCUCGGUUUUUUCAUCGGGUUUAACCCUCUCUAAACAGACAACAUAGAUUUCCUAUGGAGAUAAAUGCAGCUUGAACUAAUCAAGGUGGAUAUUUUUGAAGCUUAGAGAACAGACGUACUGAGCGGGAAGGGAAAAGGAGCAGGAAGGUCGGGCAGUGGAGGCAGUUGUGCUUCGGGGGCUUAAUCUUAUUGAUCACAUGGAUAGGGUAUAAGUUUUACAGGCUCAAGAUUGUGUGUUAGAGGUGUGUGUGUGGAGAAAUGGUUUUACUCUUUGUCUUCUCUUGCAGCCCAGAAAAAAAACUCUAAAUUUAGAAAAAAAAAAUCCCAUCAUUAGCACCUGCAUGUAUUACAUCUUCUGAACUUUGCAGAAUUUUUUUAGUGAGACAACAUUUUUUACUGAAAUUGGAAUAUCAACAUAUUUGUCCCUGCAGAAGUAUUUCAACUCAUUCCAAAUAGUUGAGGCAGAAAUAAGGUAAUCAGGUAACAGCCACACAAGCAUUAUUCACUCAAUUAUCACUUUAUUCUCAAAGUUGAAGAAUUUUAAAAUAUCAGUCAAAUCUGAAAAUAUGUACGGCAAACACAGUAUAUGAAGACGGAUUCAUCUUUCAGUAUUGGGCCGUUUUAAAUAACCUGUGCGUCUCAUCUUUGAAACAGUCAAUAUGAAAUAAAAUUAACCUGUAUUUUUCUCAGUUGCUGGCUCUGUUUCUGCACCAGCCCUUUGUGUGUAACUCAUUUUGAGCUAAACCCUGACAAACUGUUGGUUUGGCCUCUUACCCAGCUGCUAAAAAUCUUGCAGCAGCUCGUGCCCCCUGAGUCACGGCCGCUCUGCUUUGGGUAUCAAUUUUUCUGGUGCGUAUUACAAAGCGUUAUAAAUAGUAUGUAGGGCCAUGUAGUGUUCCUAUCUCUCUCUCUCUUUUUGCUCUCCCUCUCUCUGCCUCCACCCCUCCCCUCCUGGCACAAAGAUCUCUUGUUCCCCCAGUGAAUGUGCGCUGCCCUGAGCCAUUCAGGCUUUUGUGGGGCUGAGGGGCCCUCCACCCCUCCUCCUCCUCUGCUGGGGUCAAAGGGGGGCAGGGGCAGGGCUUAUCCCUGGUUAGUGGGCGAGCACGGGGGUGAGGGAAGGGAGGGAGAGAGAGCAAAGAGAUAAGAGAAUGGAGCAUGCGUGUGGGUGUGUGAAAAUAGAGCAAUAUGCUUGAGUAGAUGAUUUAUAACUCAUGUAUAUUUUACUAGACCGUGAUCUUGAUAGGCUGAGUGAAACUGUGAGUGGGUGUGUUUUUUUCUAAAUUUAUUUAAACAACAAAGAAAUGACAGAAUUGAUUUUUUUACCUCUCUCUUCUGUCUCAGUGUGUAAAACAUUAAUGAGAAUGAUUUGUCUCGUCAGAUCUCGUGUCAGCGGCUCUGUGUGUUUUUUUACGCUUGAUCUGGAGCUCCUAAUUUUUUUUUUUUUUCCCCACUGUGAAGAAACUAAAUUACUUGAUAACACACUCAGGCAGAGCUUUGAAGCCACGCAUUAUAUUGACUGAUUAAUCAAUGGUGCAUGUGAUUGGUUAAAGCCGACCUGGUUUGAAACGUAAUUUUAGGUGUUUUUUUGCUCUAAUCCGGGGUCAAAUUUCUCAAGUUAAAACAUUUUUAAAUUUUAGUUAAAGACAAAAAUGAAGAGGAAACAGUCAAAAUAGUCAUUGUUGUGUUAUGUUUAAUUUAAAAGCUGUAAUUUCUCUUUUUAAAUAGAUGAGUUCAACUCUGAAAAGACUGGGAUAUUAUGAAUAAAAAGAACAAAUUCUAUAGUGUUAUAUAUUUUAUAAAUUAAAUAAAAGGAUGUAGAUGAUUAGAGUCGACAGAAAGCAGUGACAGUGAACUUGUUUGCACAAUACCAGACAGCUGAUAGUCCUUCAUUCAUUCAUUCAUUCAUAUGUAGUUUACAGAUAUAAUCAAUAUAUCUGUAUCUGUGAUGUGCAAUAUCAUGUGUAAUACAUUCAUAUCUCAUUUAGCCCACUGACUUACCCCCCAUUGCUUACAUUCGUACUCAACACCUACUGCAUCGCUUGUGCACUUUGUAAAUAUUUAUCUUAUACUUUUAUACUUUUUUAUAUUCUUGUAUCCUUAUUUUAAUGUAUUCCUCCGAGUAAUUAUUGCGUGUUUUUAUCUGUGCUUCUUUGGGUGGAGCGGUCACUCUCAUCCAGGGCAUUUCAUUGCAUCUUUGGUCUUGUUUAACCUGCAAAUGACAAAUAAACCAAUCUUGGAUCUUGGACCUCAUCGCUGCCACCGUAGAAUUCACUGACAAAGACGGUUAAAAUCAGUUCUGUGGAAGUUCUUCACUGACUGUCACUGUGAUUUCCCCACAGGUGUUUUCUCCUGUGCUGAUGGGCCAUCGUCAGGGACGGGAGCUGUCGCCAUGGGCGGAGCCAGCUCUGAGUUGUUGCAGCAACAGCAGCCCACACCUUCCCUCGCCCCUCCCUCUCCGUUCACGGCCACCGCGCCACUAACCAGCACAACCUCCGCACACGUGAGUCUAAACACCAACGCGUGAAAACACACACGCGCAGACACACACAUGUUCUCUUUCCUCUAUCGGAAGCCUUUAUAUCUGUCAAUUCACACACACACACACAUCUCUGGUGUCUUUGAGCUGAAGCGCAGAUAAACUGUGGGAACACAAAUAAACCACAGCACGUUAAUUAAGCGUCUUCCCGACCAAAUCUCUCAGCACUAUUAUUAAUCCACUACAUGUUAAUUAUGUGUGAAAUGAGUGUGUCCUGACCUUGUGUGGGUUGUGUUUUCUCAGCGAGAUAUUCUGGGGUGCACCUGUAGAGGGUUUUCCUGCGUUAGCGAGAGCACAAAUAUGGAAGUCUUUGUGAUUUCUGUAUUGACUUGGCAUUGAAACACGUUUGAUUCCUCUGCCAGAUUUAACAACCAGUAUCCUCGGCGUGCAGGGUGUGCAUCUUAAACAUUGAAAUGUGUUAAUUUUAUUAUUAUUGUUAAUACUAUAAAGAGCGUUUAACGGAUGUGUUGCAAUGAAAGGGUAAAAAAAAUAACCAUGUGUCCAGAGCAUGAAAAUAGCCUUUCCAAAUGCAUUUACUCAAAGAGACGAUCCAGAGUCUGGGCUGCAUAUUUGAGGAAAACCCCCUCCUCGUGUGCGUUCACUCAAAACAAUCACAUUAUUGUAACGCCAUCUAAUUUUAAAGCUAUUCCCGUUUAAUCACCAGAUGUUGAAGCAACAGUUCAUCAGGUUUAUUCGGAUCAGGAAAGCUGUGGCGAUUUCUCCGUCGUGUCGUUGAAUUGAAUUGAACGCGCUGAAUAUUCAAAAGUGAAGGCACUGACUCUGAUUCAAGCUGCCCAGCCCCUCCACUAAUCACUGCCCAUCAUCUCACAAAAAGAAGAAAAAAAAGCCUCAUCUUCAAUCGCCGACCCCGCUCGCCCGUUCUUUUUAGACGCUCCCUAAAGACCACGCUCUGUCUCUGUCCACCCAGCCCCAUUUUUUUUCCUCGCCCGUGUCCACUUAACACCUCUCUCGCUCUCUUUUUCUCACACACACUUUCUCUCACCCUCGACCUUCCUCCUCUCUGUCCCCAUCCAUUUCUCUUUUUCUCCCUCCGUUGUCCUGUGAUGUAAUGACAUCUGACAAGCACCACAGUAGGGAUGGAGGGAUAGAUGGAGGGCGGGAGGGAUCAGGCCAAUGUGUGUGUGCAUGUGUGUGUGCAUGUGUGUGUGUGUGUGUGUGUGUAGAAGGGGAGGCAGGGGUUGCACUCAUGCCUUGAAUUCGCUGGCCUGGCCUUCAUCUUGCCCGCUCUCUUCUGUGCGGCACAUAUUAUAGAGGACGAGAGGCCCAGGGAAGCACAGGAUAUCACGCCUGUUUGCAGGAUGUAUAGAUGAGUUUAGGCUCUAACUGUGUGUGAGUGUUUGUGUGUCUUUAUGUGUGCGUGUGCAUAUGUAUUUAUUUGUGUGUGAGAGAGUGAGAGAAAGAGACAGAAAGAGAGCGGCAGAAAGCACGAGGAAGACUUUAAUAGAGAAGGAAAGAUUUUUCUCCUUCCGUCAGUCACUCCAGAUUGUUAAAACCAUGUGUGCUGGUUUGUAUAAGUGUGAUGCACAGCUUUGGGCAUCUGGGACACACACACACACACACACACACUCACACACUCAGAGAGAAAGAGAGAGAGGAAACACACUCCGAAUCGAGGCUGCAGAAAUUAUGCAACUGCAGAAAGACGCCAAUAACAGGCUUCCCUCAGUGUGUGAGAGUGUGUGUGUGUAUGUGUAUGAGUGUGUGUGAGUGACAGAGACCAUUUACUAUUUUCAGUCCGCUAAGAGACUCCCGGCCUACUGUUAUUGGCUAUCAGCCCAGGACAGAGAAAAGGGAGUGCAAGAGAGACUUUGAAUGAAAAAUGAAUGAAAAUGAAAAAUGAAUGUUGAUGGGAAAAGGGGGCUGGAUUAUGGCGCUGAGAAGGGGAGGAGGAGGAGGAGGAGGAGGAGGAAGAAGACGAAAAAGGGAAGCGUUCUGGAAAGAAAUCUGAAGUCAUUUAAACGAGAGAGAGAGAGAGAGAACGGACAGACGGUGCUCACUCUCUAAAACUUUGAUAAACCACGGUGGAGGAAAUUUCUAACACAAUGAAUUUCCCGAUUUUAUUAUUUUAGGCAAAUUUCUUGAAUUCAUUUCUAAUCUAAGUUUAUGGUUUAGCUUCCUCGGGUGAACCUUAAGUGCUGGAUUAAAAAAUAUAUAUAUAAUUUUUUUUUUUUAAAUGUUGAUUUUCUGACUUUUUUCCUCACGUUUGUUUUUUUUAAAGGCUUUUCAAUCUCAAAUCAAGUUUAGUUGGAAAAAUAUACCUGCAAUUGUUUUUCAGCCAAAGUCACAAAGUAGUAUCACUCAUAAUAUUUAGAUUAUAUGUAUAUAUAUAUAUUUGUAUAUAUUAAUGUGCUGCAUAUGCACAAUUCUCAGAUAAAUUGGUGCCAAUCAUGUCGUGGAAAAAAAAAAUGAAGAAAACAGGAACAAAGUUCUACAUGUCGAACAGCAGAAAGACAAAAACUGCAAGUUACUACUUAUUAACACUAUUAGAUAUUAACUGGAUUUAUGUACAUUUUGCAAUUUUGCACGAUUGUAUCCCAAAUCAGAUAUUUUUCAGACCCAUACAAUCAGCCAUUUUGUCCCAGACCUGGUGCUCCACCCUCGCUCUCCUCCCUCUAACCCCACCCUUUACUCCUCAGUCCUUAUUUGGGAAAUGCCUUAAUUGGAUUAAACUGUAUGCAUCAGAAACACUUUGUCAGCAUGUCAGCGUACUGUCAGGCUGCUGUGGCAGUUUGAGCCCAGUGUGUGUGUGUGUGCUUGUGUGUUUUGAAUAAUGAGCUGCACAUCUGUAAUAUCCUUGUUUUUGUACGUGGAAUCAAAAUAAAGUAUGUUUUAAUCCAUAUCUGUAAUUGCUCUCAAAGAUCUGGGAUUGUUAUUCUGCAGGCUGUAUGUAAACAUGUUACUCUAGCUCCUGUUAAAAAUAAGGGACAAACUGAACAAUCCAAAUACACCUCUGUGACAAAGCAACACGGGUUUUAAAUAUUACUCAACGAACUACAAAUUUACAGUCAGGCACAAUUCUGCUUAAAAAUCCAUUUAGUAUUUCUUUGACACAAAUCAACACUUGUAUAAAAACACAGAGUGUAACAUAUUGUAGCCUUUUACAUCUAAAGAUGUAUGAAGUGCUACAACAAAGGACACAAAAUCUGUACUCUGCAAUUUUUAAGGUUGAUUUUUUCACAAAUAAACUCCAGUUAUCACAAGUCAGCUUCUAAAACAGAAGAAUUUACCUCUUCUACUUUUAAAUCCUGACGAUUUCAACACAAAUUUUCCCAUCAACAUUCAUUUUUUGAAAAAUAUGUGAUUGUUUAUUAACUGUCUAAAAAAUCUCAACUAGAAUAGCCAUCCUUAUUAUAGUUUGUCUUUAGUAUCACUGUAAAAAUAUUUGACUGAGUGGAUAUUUUUAUUUCUGUGCCCCUAAAAGAUCAUCUCUGUCGAUAAACACUCCUCCUCUGUCGUGUAAAUCAAACUCGUUUUAUUCACAGCAUCUCUUCCUUUGUCCUCCUCUCCAGGUGAGCGGCCUGCCAGGGUCAGUCUUCAACCUCGCGCCCUCCCACAUGUUUGGAAACCGGCUCAACCCAAACUCAGCCAUGGCCGCUCUCAUUGCUCAGUCUGAGGCCUCACCAGCAGGUACAACAGCAUACCUACGACUGCUACGUGAAUGUGUGCGUGUACGUGUGUGUGAGACCAAAGUAUGUGUGUGUGUUUGUAAGAGGGAGAGAGAGGAGGAGAUAAUGGAUAGGUCACGCCCCCUUGGUCCCACAGAGAGGUCAGGGGUCAGCACUCGUAAUAUUUUCAAGCUCCUCCCACUCCGCUCCGAUUACACACUGUGAUCACCACGGCAGAAAAACCACACACAUGCACAAAUACAUUCAGCGUAUAAACACACACACACACACGAUUCACACGUUAGACAUCGCCGUGAUCAGUGAGGAGGACAAAUUUUGAGAUGGAGAAGAGGAAGAAGCGCUGAGCUGCGUUCAAAAGCUCCCGCAGCAGGAAAGAGUUGGUCUGUCCUCUGUCCGGUACAGAGGAGCUGAUGAAGGAGCAAGAUGACUUGACUUGAGUAAUCAGAGUAGCUGCUCCCUGAUGUAAGACAUCUGGACGAACAGAGAGGCAAGAAAAGAGAAGAAGGGAGAGAAGUUUAGAGGAAGAGGAGGAGGAGGAGGAAGGUGGGUCCUUCCUGCUGCCGGUCAGCAGUCAUCAGAGCCAGAUCCACCCCGACCUGCAGGUCAACUCACUAAUCAGGCUGAAUGACAGCAGGCCACAGGGCUCUGUGUGUGUGUGUGUGUGUGAGAGAGAGUGUGUGUUUCGAAUAGUGAGAGACUAUGUAGGUCUGUGUGUGGACAACAAUUCAGCUUUGUUAUAUUUGAAAGAAAAAAAAGAGGGAGAGAUUUGUGGAAUUAAAAACAAUUUUUACAUCAGAGUGGCAACUUUUUUUUUUUUAACUUUACAAAAAAAUGUAAAGAAAUUUGUUAAGUUGAUGUGUGUUGGCAUGAAAAUAAAAAUUAAAAUAAGAAGAACUUUAUUAAUCCCUAAAGGGAAAUUUAACAGUAUAUAAAAAUAGCAGAAAAAUAGCCGACAAAUUAAUGGUUUGAUGCAAACAGUUGUAUUAUCUAAGCUGUUUGUCUUAUUUUGACUCUGUUUAGAGGAUGCUUGAGAACAUUUUUAGGGAACAGUCGUAAAGACUCCAGUGAACUCUUCUGUCGUUUGACAUCGUAGCAGUCAGUGGGAAGUACACUUGCUUUGCAAUUAAAUAGCGCUGUCUACUUUGACAAAUAUUGAUGGUUGUUUAGUAAAACCUCAGGUUUAGGACAAUCCCAUUUAUUGAAAUUUAAAAAGCAUCUUUUUUGAGUCCCACCUGGUAUAUAUACACUCAGGAUGCAGACAGUGUCUGGACACCAAAUAAGUAAACCUCACUUUUCAAAAUAGACAAUUGCAAAAGCUCAUGGAUAUUUUCUGUUUUUGUUUUAUGUUUUUCUAUAUUUUUUGUUUGGAUUUUUGACUAUCAGGAAUUUCUCAUUUCUGGACUUUUUUAAAAUAUGUGCCGCUAUCUGACCUCCAGGAUUUACAAAGGUUUUUUUUUUAACCACAAGUCAAGUUUUCUUACAAUUGAUAUACAAUCAGAAUCAGUCAGAUCCAUAACUUCCCUGAUCAACACUCUUCAGAAGUCAGAUACAUGCCAAAUAAUAAAAAACUCUGAUUUUGAUUUUCAUCCUUCUGAAUUUAACACUCAGACUUUUUCUCGCCCUGAAUUUCUGCACACAGUUGUGUACGUCCCACACAGUUUAACUCGCGUGAAGUUCUGUUUGUGAACUAUUAAGGGUCAUUUGAGCACAAACGCGCAAGGUGUGCGAGUGUUUGUAUGCAUGUAGCCUGUUUACUUUGGCAACCGGGUCUCUUUGCUUUGGAGCGUCGGGAGGGAGGUGCCAGGAGGGAAAGGGUUAUGAGAGAAAAAGGAGGUGAGCGACGGACUGGAGUGGUGACACCGGCGGGGGUAAAAGCUGGGAUUGACUGUCUUAAGUAGAGGGGAGUUUGUGAAAGUGUGUAAAUGCUAAAGUGUGCGUUUGCAUGUGUGUGCAUGUGUGAUUCAUUACUCUUACUGAGGAAAAUGAAAAGAAGCGUCUGGCCAGGGGCCCAGAGGGAGGACGCAGAGACUCUCACAGAAAGUAGAGCGAGAGGGAGAGACGAAGCUUGAAUGGAGGCUCGUGAAAGAGAUACAGAGGAAGAGAGAUGAAGUUUGGUAGAUUGUACAUUCAGGAGAAUCUAAAUAACUCAAAUUUUUAUUUUAUUUGUAGUUCCCAGAUCUUUAUUUUCUCUCGAAAAACUCCCCCAGAAUAAUCCACUAAGUGACUGUUUCCCUGUGAAUGAGGAAACCAGAGAUUUUGAGAAAUGAUGCUCUAUCAGCUGUCGAGUGUCAGUAAAAUCAACACUUGUUUUGUUGACAGUGUUUUAAUGUGAAUACUACACGUAAACAGACACUAUAUCCCUGUUUGUCAAAAAGUUAUCACAGGCAAUCAAAUCCAGCAUAUAUAUAAGCUGCACAGUUUAUGGACACAAUUAAUGAAACUCCAAUAAAUGUCAUUCAGACGGACAUAUGUGGUAUUGGCAGCAGCAGCACUCUGUAAAUACACUGUCAACACGAAUCAAUCACAAAGAGCGAAUGACAGUCCCGCAUAGUUCACUGUGUUUUACAGCUCGAGCUGUCGCUUCUGUCAUGUUUAUACCGUCACAUAAAAUCAGCUGUAAAGAGUAUACAACAUUAAACACAGAUGUGAAAGCAAACAUGAACAGAAUAUUUUUACCCUCUUCAAAGAGCUCAUUUAAAUCUAACAAUUAUAUAUAGAUGACUCUACAUAUUCACAAUUAGAUUUUUAAUUACACAGUAUCUCUAAAUGUUAUGAAUAUGACAUAUCAUUUUCUUAGUUUGUUUGCUUGAUGUAAAUAUACUCCAUAUCUGUAUAUAUAUUGUUCCUUUCCCACACGUGUAAAGUACCCAUUCUUGUACUCUAAGGGAUGCUGGGUUUCAAACAAGCCGGGUGGUCUCUCCCCUCCUGAGAGCGAUGGACGCAUCGUCCAGGGUUCCUAAGAAGAACGUUAGAUUUAAUUUUAAUUUGUCAGUCCAUCUUAAAUGGGCUCGGACCCUCAGAACCAAACAUGUACAGAUAAAUCGGCCGGCCGAUUGAUCGGCGCAGAUUUCCUAAAUUUGGGGGAUCGGAGAACAGCUGAUACUUACAAAGGUCUGCAAGUCAGCCAUUGUAGCUUUUUCCUUUUGCCAGAAUGACAGGCCAGUUUAGUUUGUCCUGUAGAUUAUUAUAUCACUAACUUUCUCAAACCUUGUGAUUUCCUUUAUUUGCAAAAGCAAAAUACUGCUGUGCACUUAAUUUCGGUAAGAGGCUCAAAACAGGCCUGCAGUGUGACCUGUUGUGCAAGUAUUGUUAAUUUUUUAAAUGUGGAAAAUAAAAGACUAAAGGAACUGAUAUAAUGUCGUAGUUUGGACAGCAAUUUUCUAAACUUUUUAUUUAUAUUUGGGAGAAGUACCUCAUGUGCAGUUAAAACAAACACAAAAAGGUUUGUAUUGUUCCACAAGUUUUGUUUCAUGUUUUUCAUUAAAAUAAGAUAGGAGCAUCGAAGGUGUAUGUUGUCAGUUAUUUUAAAAAAAAAGGUGCAGAAUGACUGGUGCAAAAAUCGGUAUCGGCAGGUCAAGCUUUUUAAAGAUCGGUGAUCAGCAAAGAAAAUUGUGAUUGGUGCUCCCCUACUCAGAACCUGCAUCUGUGACGAGCUGCAUCCUCGGACACUGCUUUAGAUUAAGUCUACAAAAUGACCCAUGAGGCCCCAUAGAUGGAAAUCAGUGACGUCUUAAAACAAUUACCUCAGACUUACAGUAAAUCCCGUGGAUGGGCAAUUUACACAGACAUCGUCAUCAGGCAUUAACUCGCGUUUAAGCUUCCCCUCAUUUACACUGGUGUUUAAAAACAUGUGGAUGCUCGCGGUUUUCAUGAUAAAGUCUUGUGGACUUCAGUUGGUUUGGUUCAGUAGAGGUCAUUGAUGCACAAUUAAAUUUUGUGUGUGUGUGUGUUUUUGUGUGUGUGUGUGCAGAUCAGGAGGUGGGUGACGGCAGCAGCGGCAUUGGAGCUCAAGGCUUCUCCAUAAGAGCUUCUCCAAAGACCACCCCACGGUGAGUACACUCACACACACACAGAUGCCCCCCUUCCUCACCCAUCUCUUCCCAUUUACAUUCCUCACCCCCCUUCAACUCCCACCUCCUCCCUCCUUCACCCAUCCCCCCCUUUCUCUCUCUCUCUCUCUCUGCUUUUCCCCUGCUGGCCCCUCAUCUCCCCUCUCUCUCUCUUACUCUCUCUCUCUCUCUCUUUCCCCUCACUCCUCACACACACGCACACACACUCUCCCUUUCGCUCUCACCCCUACAGGCAAUUCUCGCUCUCUCAGCCAACGAUAACUUGUGUUUUUGAAGGUGGUAACCAUCCUUCAACUCCAGUUAGAUUUUUUUUUUUUUCCCUCUCUCGCUUCAAUCACACAUGGACGGAGCGUCUGAUUUCCUGCAUCUUUAUCAUCAUUUGGGAAUAUUUACAAGGAUCUUUCCGGAUAGGAAUAUUGAUGAUGAGAACCCAUGUUUGUUUAUGUCUGCAUGUUGGUGGGACGGAUGAUUUCACUGGAGGAGGUUGGUUGUUAAUUGAUUAUUUCCGUUGAUUUUUUUGUUUUAUUUCGGGUACAUCUUUAGAUUCGUAUUUGAAAGGGCGGCUUUUGUUUACACAGAAAAGAUGACGACAGAGGAAUGUGUUCGUGGCGAGAUAUUUAUGAGUGAUUGGAAAAGAUUUAACACAUUUAUACACACAAAAAAUGACUUUUUGUGCUUUAAGAUUAUAUUUUUUGUUGCUUUUAAUGUCAGUUUUACACUUUUACCCCCUUUCUCCACAUUCCUCACCACUACCACCACUCCUUCUCUCCUGUCGUUCCUCCUCUUUCACACUCAACAGAUUGUCUCAGCACACUCACACACAUCAAGAUUUAUCGCAUCAAGCCAGUCCACUUCCCUUUUUCUGCCUCCCUCUCUUGCUACGUCCUCUCUCUCUCGCUCUCUAGCUCACAGAAAGCCUGGCCCCUUUUCAUUAGAGGCCACUGUAACAACAAAUUGAUGUAGUUUUAUAGCCAGCAGUGUCUAUGUUUGUCUGACGUUUAUGUUGGGUCGUUAAUCUCCCCAUUGACCUCUCUAUCUCUCUCUCUCUCUCUCCCUCUCUCUCUCUCUCUCGCCUGUCAUUCAGCUCUCCCAUUGGUGGCCUGCAGAUCCGCUAUGACUCCUCGGGGUCGUUGCCGGGGCCAGGGUUGCUAGGGGCGGGGGGAGGCGGCGGAGGGGAGACGCUGCCCCCAGUGGCCACCAGCAUAGAGCAGCUCUUGGAGAGGCAGUGGAAUGAAGGGCAGAGCUUCCUGAUGCAGCAGGGAGCACACGGGGACGGUGAGAAGACACACACACACACACACACGCACACAUUUCCACCAGUGCAAAUAAAGUAUUGAAUCCAACCACCCUACUAAGCGUCAUCAAUCAUUACUUGCACUUUUCCCCGUUUCUCCAAUCCUCCACUCCCUACGAGUCGAUCCAUCGCCCUGUUGCUUCCCCUUCUCCCCUCUCUUCGCACUUCCUCCGAUAUUUCAGCGUCUGUCAAUCUCUUCCAGUUAUCCGCCAAUCAGAACGCCUCUUCAUUGAUCUAUAAAGUCAAAAUGAAAAAAAGGGGAGGUGGCCCAGUCCGUUAGAAAGAUAAUUCUUCAUUCAGAAGGAGUCGGCUCUAAAUUUCACCGUUGACAAAUCCUCCUCCUCUCCCUCCUACUUAAGCUGUCCUCUAGCCCUACGCUUAGUCCGCAUAGACAGCCGGGUCAGUGUUUCUGUAGCUGAUCUUGACCCCUGACCUCCCUGUGGUGUAUAUCUGUCUGAUCAGUCUCUGAGUUUCAUGGUUUUGCCUCGAGGAAGAGGUGGCCUUUCUUAUUGUCAAAGCCGCAGUGUUCUCUCUCAUGAAAAGAUCACUCUCAUACAGCUUCAAACCGGCGGUAUAAAACACGACAGAUAUAAUAAAUGUAAACCAGGCUGAUUGUUUUAGUUCAUCUCACAUAUGAUUGGACAUAAAUUUGCUACACUCAGUGAAACAUUUCUAACCUGGAAACAGUACGUUUUACCAUCAUAAUCACUCAAACGCACCGAUCGAUCAAUCACUUUGUCCCUCUUUGUGUCUGUUAGUCGUCGGCAUGUUGAAGUCGCUGCACCAGCUGCAGGAGGAGAACAGGCGUCUGGAGGAGCAGAUCAAAACCCUGACCAUGAAGAAAGAGAGACUGCAGCUUCUCAGCGCACAGUUAUCAGUGCCUUUCACCCCAUCCACGGCCUCCUCUGGUACACACAUGCACACACAAAAAACACAUAUUCUCUGCAGAUACACUUAAAGCUGUAGUUGACAUGUUUAUGCGUUUAGACAGCUGAUGAGAGACGAUUUAGUCAAAGCAGGAUGUUAAUAAAAGAUGAUCAUAUUUUUCAAGAAAGUAAUCACCAGAAAAGUCAAUAAACUAAAUCAUUAAAACUAAUUAUUUGCAGUUAAAAUGCUAUUACACAAACGCUCAGAGAAAAUCUAUAUGUUGGUGUUUUGUGUCGUAGAUGUGAAAGGAGUCCAUCUUGGAGCGACUGACUCAUCUUUACCUGCUGCAGCUCAGGUAAGAACAAAAAGUCAACAACAUGAUGGUCACUUAUAUCCUGUUUCAUCGAAAAGUCCUAAACCUGACUUCUCUGUUUGUUUCUCUCUAUCAGGACAAUACAUCAUGUGGCGGCCACAGCAGCAGCGGCUCCACCUCCUCUCUCUCCACUCCUCCCUCAGUGUCACAGAGCCCACCCCAGCCGCAGCUGAACGGCGUCCCCGCUGUGGGAGCUGCCGCGGCCGGGCUGGGCGGGGUGACGGGGCUCAUGGGCGCCCUCGGCGGUGGGAACACUCUGGGCAUGGGAGGAAUCGCAGGGGGGCUCAAUGGUGUGAUCCAGACGCCAGGGGGGACCGCCAGCCCUCACACACACACUACAGCGACAGGUGUCACAUUACCUGUCAAUAACAGGUACGACUGACAGCUCUGUCAGAUUUUCGAAAGUCCUGUCAGCCUUGCAUUUACCCCUCUGUUACUUCAGAGUUCAAACACGUUCGCACACUAAACCUCUCUGUUCCUAUUAGACCUUUAAAUGUGAACUUUACUGCAUGCUCUUCUCUCUGCUCUCUCUUGCUUGCGUGUUGGAUUCUAACAGCUCUACUACGAGUAAAAGCAGGUGAGACAGUCGAAGUUUGGCGUCACAACAACCCCCAGAUUUAUUCCUGUUAGACCUUCAAGUUGGGAUUUUUUUCACCGUUUUGCAAAAUCAUAUUAUUGUUUAUGGGGAUGCAUCUCUGAUUCAGCUGCAGACAGGACAUCCUGAGAUAAGUGAGGACGGUUUCUCUGACUGUUUGUCCUCUUCUGUCUCUACAGGCUCAGCCUGCUGUCGGAGCAGCAAAGACUUUUCCUGCAGCAGCACCAGCUCCAGCAGCUGCUCGCCUCACAGCCAGCGGUACAACCCAAACACACAAACACCCUUACAUAGGCAGACGUGUGGGGUAGAGGUGGUGUUGCAUCUUCAGGUAGUGCAGAAACAAACAGGCUUAUAGAGUAUUCUUACAUACCCAUUUUUUGAGUUUCUUAAAAUCAGCUGAACUCUGAGAUAAAAAUGUGCAUAACUCCAGAGUCAGUUCAGUCCUUGGUUUCAUGACAGGACCAAGCUGACUAAUAUUUACUCAAUGUUGUUGUCCCUUCUCCUUCUAUUUCCUCCCUCUCUCUCUCUCUUCCCUCUGACUCCCUCCAUCCUGCAGGAGCAGCAUCAGGUGUUGCUCUACCAGCUCAUGCAGCAGCAGCAGGACCUCCAGCAGCUGCAGUCCCUCUCCUCCUCGACCCAAAUCUCCUCCAUCCCGCUCUCCUCCGCUCAGCUGCCCAUCAACAACCUGCUGCCCGCCGCCCAGAGCCAGGGCCAAGGAGCCAUCACCGCCAACCCUUUCCUGGCGCUGCAGCACGCACACGCCGACACGCACGCCUCGGGGGCACAGAAGCCGCGGCUCGCCGAGAAGGCCGUGGGCGUAGCGGGGCAGGAGAAGACAUGACGGCAGAUGCUGUUUUUGUUGCUCUGUUUUGUUUUUAUUAUUUUCCUGAAAAUAAAUAUGCAGAGUUUUUUGGGGGAGAUCAGACUGUUGCUCAGCUUUGUAGUUCAGAAAACACUGACAGCAGAGAAAUCUGUGUCCUAUAUUCAGUCUGUGCUUCUUCACCAGCACCCAAAACAGCGAGUGAUCGGAGUCAUUUGCAUUUGUUGACCUCGCUAGGUUUAUUUUUGCUACUUUUUUCAGGUUUCAGUCUUAACACAGCAUUUUGUGUUAAUUUUUACUAUUUAUUUCCAUCCAAUUUAUAGAUUUUUUUUUUUUUUAGCUUUAGAGCUGCUUCAGGUUUUGAUUUUUCCACUGUUAACAUGAUUUUCGUUUGAUGUCACUGGUAGCAUCUUAGCGUGUUUGUGUCGGUAAAUAAGCACAUAUUGUGUCCGUUCUCGUCUCCACACAUAAAAUUAUUUCAAUAUUUUCUUCGCUAAUUUCAUCAUUCUGUAUCUUCUUCACUUUUGUCUGUCUUGGUCUCGUGUUUCAUUGUUUUUGUCAGUCGUCACCAACCCUCUGCACUCGCAUCCCUCUCGGUCUGGUCUCUCUGCUGUCUCACUCUCUCAGGGGCCUCAGCACACAAGCUAGCACACACAUACACACACACAUAAACACACACACACACAUGAACACACAACUACAAACCUUUAAAAAUGGCAGAAAUACAUGAAUAUAAAACAAGAAACUGCUAUUCCCUCGCGCAGGGCUCAACAGAAGCAGAUGUAUGUUUGACAUCUGUCUUGCAAUAGUCCUGAGGGGAAUGUUGGGUGAGAGGCUUGUGAAAAUAUUCCACAUGUUGUCGCCUCUAUUCGUGUGUCUCUUUCACUCUGUUUGCGUUGAUCCUUUAAUGUCAAUGAGCCAAGACUCAAACACAUGGUCACCGCAGAAGCCUUGCUUUUGACUGCCUCUUCUCUGGGCCAGAAACAGGGGGCUCACUCAGGAACAGAAAUGUGAAUUUUAAACGUAGAAAAGCAGCUAGUUGAAUGUUUAGAUGGAUCAUAUUUAUCCAUGGGUCACAGAGAGAUAUUACACAGCUGGUUAUCUGCUGGUUGAAGAGGUAAAAUCGCAUCCUCUUGAUUGAGCCCCCUGCUGCACCUACCUCUCGAGCAGGACCAGCCGAUCAGGACCUAUAAGGCCGACAGCAGCGGCCAAUAAAACACUCAUUAAAAAAAAAAAUCACAGCCAGGAUUGGCCAAUCAGGGUCAAAAACCCAAGUGCCUGAGGCUAAGGAGGGGGAAGGUGGGGUUUGUUUUCCCUUUACUUGAGCCCCUGUCACUCACAACUCUACUGAUUAUUAAGCUGCAUCACUUAAAAGACUUUGGACGCGCCGUCUCUUUAAACAGAACCAGGAAAACUAAUUCUGCUGCAUCCUCUAAUAUCAAAGCCAACUUUGUAUUGUGCUUUUUAUUUAUUGGGAGUUUUUGUGUUACAGGCAUAAGAUGAUAUAUUUUAAAAGCCUGCUGGUGUUGCAAUUUAACAUCCUUUUGUACUACUGUGUAAAGUUUUGUUUGUCUUUUUUUCCUCACAGUCAAAUCUUGCUGUAAACCCUUUUAAUGAUCUGUGUUGUGUUUAGAAAGCUACUUGCUACAUUGGGGGAGGGGGCGCGGCUGUACAUAGCUAUUUGUAGGGGGGAGGAAGUGUGUCAAAGGGGCGUCAGUGGCACAGUUUUUACCUCGUUAAGUGUACAUAAACCUUUGUCGUUGGCCGUUGGUGUACAUAAAUGAUUGUGAUUGGCCGAGCUGGUGUGAAGGAAAGCCAAUGAAGCCUCAGUUUGUGUGUGUGUGAAUCAUGAGGACCAGACGAAAAAAAGGUUAACAGUGACUGGACACACAAAGUAUUAAUUUAUUUUUAUAUGUUCAGGGACAUUGUGUUUCUUUUUUUAAGUUUUGCACCCUUUUCUUGAUGAGAAGUCGUUUUAUACUUGGGGCAGCGUGUUUUCAUCCGUGCACACUUUUGGUUGGAUCGAUUUUGUACAAAUAGAAAAUAAUGAGAGGAGGAAAUUUGACAUUGUAUUUCAAACAAACACCAAAAUAAAGAAACACUAUUGAUAAAGUAGCUGGAGCAUCUGGAAAUUUUGUUUGAAAAUGUUACACAAUGAUUUUGUUGCAUGGAGUGUGAAGAUUUUUCUGAAGUUCAAAAUAUUUGAUUUGCACAAAAUUCACCUACACAGCAAAAUUUAACUGAACAAAAUACUCUUUUUAAAUCAAUUUAAUGCAAGUUUCAUGCUUUCUUUGAAUUUACACUAUUACAGUUGAAACAAUACCUUAAUUUUAUUAAUUAAUCAAUUUCAAAAGGAAAGCAUCACUGAUCAAUCAAAAACAAAAAUACUUAAUAAUGAGGUAGAACAAGCUUAGGGUCAAUUUUACCUGAGUGGAUGUUAAAGCACCUGUAACAAACUGACGGUUUGUGUAGGACAAAGCACACCUUCACCCUUACUUGACCAUAUCAUCUGUUUAUGAAAGUCAUGUCUUCCAAUGGAGAAAUCUUAGCAAUAGAAAAUAUAUAAAAUUAGACUGUUUCAGUGGCACUUAAGCUAUUACUUUGACUGACACCUACCCCCCACAAGACAUUAUCGAUAACCAUAUAAUAAUGUAUAUAUAAUACAAUAUAAUACUGAUGAUCUGGUUGGCUUCUGUAAGUCACUAAGAGGCAUUAAGGUCCUUAGACAAUGGGAAUGUGCAAAUAUACGACGUGAAAUUAUGAAAUAUUCAGAGGCGAAUUUUGACGCACCUGACUAUACACAUCAAGCGCGUUGCGAUUUUACUUUCCGGGGGGAAGCGAGAACACUGACACAACAGCAGACUGACUGUUUUUCAGUUCUGAUUAGACACUAGUGUUGAGAUGGCUGUCUGUCAUGAUAUCAUAUACUGAGUCGGGGCCAGUACCAGAUAAGCACAUUAAACUAUAAUCCAGAAACGUAAGGUAACAACCGAGACCUAAUGGUGCUGUGACAGCAACACGAUUGAGUUUGAGACAGUGAAAAUACAUAUGGUAUGUUGUAUCUGAACAGGUUAGCUUACGAGCUAAAGUUACUUAGCACAGAUGGAAAAAGAACGCUCCCCGUGUGUAAGGACCUUAAGUUUUAAUUUUUACCAUUUUCAUAACCAUCUCAUACUCCUCACAAGAGCUUUAAAACACCAUUAAAGCUCCUUUAAGUGACUUUUGUUUGUUGCUGUUGCUCUUGUGCCCCUGUGGACAAUAACAGUACCCAUCUCUUUGCUGAUUCUGUUUGAUGUAAGGACGAAGAAAAUUGUCAUCUUGCUGUCUGUAAAAUGUUAACCUCACCACCCAUCAGGACUUUUUGACAUGAAGCAGUCUGUUUAGAUAGUGUGCUGUUAGUGACCCUGUCUGGCAGCAAUGUUUACAUGCAGCAAGAUUUUCCCUUGAAUAAUUAGUUACAUCUUUGGUUUUUUUUCUUGUGCUUUUUUUAUUUGGCAAUUUAGAGGUAGUGGUAUUAAAUUCAGUUUGUUUCAUAACUGGUGAAAAACUUCUGACAGGAGCUUUAAUUAACAGAUUAAAAUUCAGGAGUACAAUCCAUUAACCUAAUCACAGUGCUUUGACGUAAGACUGUCCUGAUCAGAUAGGUUUUUUUUCUUUUUUCCUUCUUCUCAUAAGUAGGCCUACAUCCUCGGUUUGAGGGCAGGUAAGUUGAACAAACUGGCAAAAGAACACCAUUCUUGAUUUUUCAGAUAUUUUACUGUUAAAAAUAUAAUUUUUACAUAUAUUUUGGACUUACUAACAGGAGAGAUAAGACACAAAUUGACAUUUUUCUGUAAUAGAGAGAGGGAGAAAUCGUACCUGCGUUUAUAUUAAAGGCAUUAAUGACUUAGAAAAUUCUAGAGUAGACAGCAGGAGUGAGAUGUGAUUAAUUCAGUGUUUUUGUGUGUGUGUCUGUAGGUCGGGGCGUGUUGAAUAAUCAGGGGGCUUAAAGUGCCAAUAGAAGCUGAACAUCUUUAGAUUUCAACAAUGUGCUUCAAGGCUUCUGUCCUUACAAAUAUGCACACACACAUACACACACAUGCACACACACAUUGAAGCUGAUAACUUCCAGCUGCCAAGAAACAACCAGUGUGUGUGUGUGUGUGUGUGUGUGUGUGUGUGUGUUUGUUCUGAGGUGGGGGCACCAUUCUGCUACAUCUGCUUCUGCCCCGGUAAUUAAAAGCUCACUUUCCUCCUGCACCCCCCAAAAACACACUCCCCAAAAAUCACCCCCCACACUCUCCUCUUCCUCUUCUCUUUUCUCAAGCACUUGCUCACACACCCCUCCCACUUCUAAAUAUCUCUCACCGUGCAUCCCCCCUACACACACACAUACUAUCAGCCCUGUCAAUCAAAUCCAGGCUGUUUAAACAGCGUACAAUCCCCCCCCCCCCCCCCCCAUCACCACCCAGGACCAUCUCUUUCAUAAGCCUCCACCAUCAGAGCCCCCCCCCAACCCAAGCCCUCCACUCCACG